AUGGAUGUGGCAGCGGAAAAGGGGAUGUCUCCGCCGGGUAUCCGACUCCGGAAUCGACCGGAGCAAGUGAUGCCGAACCAGAAGAAGGUGAAAGCGAGGCGGAAAAGGCGAAAGGAGUUGGUUUUAAUCCAGAUCUGCUUGUUCGGCGGCUUGCUCCUGGUUGUGAAGGGGUUUUCCUUCUUAGCGGAAAAUUCAGGUGAGGAGUUAGCAGUUUGUUCUGCUGAAGGUGGAGCUGAAUCCCCCCAGUUUGUUUGUUUGUCUCUAUUCUCUGCUCUUUUACCUCUCUAGUAUUAUUCUUACUACCUAGAGAUUCUCACAGACUGUGCUAAGCUUGAAAGAUAGAAAAAUAGAUAUAAGUUUAGAGAGAGCCAUCACACUAAAAUCCACCUUCCUGUUCACACUUCCGCGAAAUGCUUCUCUUAAUGUUCACACUGUGACUUCAAAGUCAAGCAUUUCCUCUUUUUCUACUAACAUGGUUGAGGUGUAAUUGAAAAGUAUUACAUUUAACGAAUGUACAUGUCUGUUUCUCUUGGGCUGAAACUUUUGCUCUAAUAUUCUGCUCAUAAUGAUAAGAGAGGCUGGUUGCAGGUGAUAUUACCUGCAACAUUAAAGCUCUUGUGAGGCGUUUAUAACUGGCUGUGAGGCAGAUUGAAAUAGAUGCUGAUGCCACUCUAUGAUCUACAAAAGUAAACUGACCAACAGCAGCAACAAUGAUAGUUUCCUUAUUGUAGUUUUUUUUUUUUUUUUUUUUUUUUCAGACUUGAAAUGCUUCAGGGGGUAUGUGUCAGACCUGAUGACUGAGAGCAUGACAAAGAAACAGCUUUCCUGUACAUCGUCCACAAUAAAUAGUCACACUGAGUGACACCUUUGAAUGAUUAAAAGUUUUCUCACAGCAUCUUCACGUGUUAAAGUUGUGAAUUACACAGGAAUUUGGCGCUAUGGUGUAGGGCUGUCAGUUAAAAAACAAAGAAGAAAAAAACAGCUUCAAACAACAUGAUGUGUAAAUGUUGCAGUCUUAUCAGUGAUUGCUUCUUCCGAUCCAUAAAAAAGACAGUCUUGCAGGGUUGAACACUUGCAGAUGCGCUGCUAGACGAUGAUGAUGACGCCUCCUUUGCUGUUGCUGUGUUAGAUGAAUGGCAAGCCAUCAGGUGAGCCUUCAAAUUUGUCGUGUUGACAAAUAAGACAGCUGCUUGGUACAAAGUUGACAUACGUAUCUUUGUCUUUUAUUUUUUCAUCUACAGUCAAGAUAGUAAAAUAAUUCCUGAUGGCUUCUCAGAUGUUUUGGUGUUGUGACCGUGCCCCUGUGCAGUCUUUCUUGACCAUGGCCUCCGUUUUUUCUUGUAGAGAAAUAACGCUUUAUUAGUUUACAGAGGUUAAGAGUGCAUGGAUUGGUCAGGUUUCAAUGAGAGUAUGUUAUUAUGAGUUUAAAUUGCUCAUUACAGGUGGAUUGUAUGAAAGUUCAGAUUUCAGAUAAAAAGUGACAGCCCUUCUAUGGUACAAAGUGUUUAACAUUGGUUACUCUAUCAAAUAUGACACACAAUGAAGUGCUGGUAGAUGUAUACAGCAGUGUUUUAGUGUUAGGAUGUGUUAUAUUUACCUUAGAUGUCAGAGCUACAAAUUAUGUCACACUGAAGUUGAUCCAUAGACUGUAUAUACCAUGGACAACUUGGUUCCGCGUCCGCCAGUAUACGAAUUUGAAGCCAAAAAGCUCUCGGUAAUCCUGCGUUUUCUCUCCAUUUCCCAAAACCAACAUUGCACAGUAGCAUUGUACACAUUCAGUGGGAGGGUCGCCAAGAGUUGCUGUGAUGUCGCUUGGUUCAAACAGCGUAUCCCCUGGGAGAGCUACGCAAUCCCUGAACGCCUAUAGGCUGUAUCAGGUGUCAAUCAUAGAAAACAUGAACCCCCUAAUAACUUUUAAAAACAGAGCUUUACAGAAAAAAGAAGACUUGAGCACAAACCAGUCUUACUGUAACUACAUGUCAACAUUACAACCAGGGGGGAGAAAAAUGUAUGUUCUGUGUAAUAAGUUUCUAAAGUUUGUCCACAGCUCCAUAAGCUUUACUGGCGGAGGUGGGAUAUAUGACCUAUACCGCAGCCUGUCACCAGGGUGUGCUGUUCUCAGGGUGGUUUCACCCAGCAAGGAGGCAGACGCUGUCCAUUCUAUAUGCAUUAUCAUUAUCAUUUUUUUUUUUUUUGAUUAUGAUAGCCUGAAAUUCCACCACUAGCUGGGACUGUCACUCCUCUUACCAGCCACUGCCAUAAUGCUUAACUACCCAGAUGUAAAGAAGAUGGCAGAUGGCAUCUCAUAGGGCAGUGUAAUUUGACAAUAUUUUAAUCUUAAUAGAGAUAAAGUUUUAUCAAGGUUGUUUUUGGCUUAACUGGCCUAAAACCACUCGAACAAAGCGAUGUGUAAUUAGCACAGAUAUACGGCUGUUCAGCUGCAGGGAGGGCUGAAGGCUUGUUAUACUAGCUCUGCUGAUGUCAGCAGCACACAGCAAACAAAUGUGAUCUUUUCUUCACAUUGACACUCUGAUCCUGUGUUUUAGUUUGCUAUCAGAUACAUUACGCUGUAUUUUGGUUGUUGGGGUGUUUUCAUAACCCAAGUCGGUUAGCAGGAAUCAUCAUUUCUGUUUAAAGACUUGGAAAUAAGUAACUUGGACCAUACCUAGUCGGUGGGUUUUGCAAUCAUAACCCUUGAGACAGCAUUUUGAUUCAUCACAAGGCCAACAUCCAACAUGACAGCACUACUUUUUGUGCAUUCUGUUCAAAUGCGUUUUAAUGUGUCCGAUAUUAGUCAUCUUUACAGUAACAGUUAGCCACUCAGGUUGUGUUUGGAAAUGAGUUCUUGAAUUGCCAAAAUGGUAAAGCCAAAAUAAAGUUGUUGUAUAUUAUGCUUAAUGAGAGACAGCCCCAAUACAUAUAGGAUCUAUCAAACAAAUCUUGAUCUUGUAGCAGACCAGGUGAGCCAGUGUUACUGUACUUUUUUUUCCAGUUUUAAGCUGUGAAUUUACCAUCACUACAGUCUAUCAAAACAUAACACUGAGUAUCAGUGAUCAGCAGUACCGCUUUUUUUAUGCUGCUGAAAUACACAAAAUAACAUAGUCAAAGAGAGUUAUAGUCCUGUAACUGUUGGCCCAAGCUUGACCUAAAAAUGCUUAUGUGGGGCUCAAGGUGUUUGUUCUAAUACACAGGUACAGAGAGGGCUAUAAUGGGAAUUCAUCCGAGCUUUACUGGCGAAACUAUUCUAGGAUGACAGAGGGAUGCAGAGGCUCCUGUAUGUUCAGGUGUUGUUGCUGCAGAGCACUGAAAUCAGGGCAAUGAGCCCCAGGGUAUAGGCCUCAGGGUUACUGCAUAUGUUCCCCUGUGUUUCUUUAUUUCUCUGUGAGCUGACGUGUUUUUAAAGUGCUGCAAAAUGCAAUCAGAUGAAACUGUUAUAAAAAAAAAAGCAAACAUCUGUGUCACAUGAUAGUUCCUCCUCCUUUGGUCCACGUUUGACUGUCCCCCUCAACUCUCCACUUAAUGAUGAAGUCGGCUGCAGCUUAAGUGAGAUGCAUUUCUCACUUCUCAGGGACAGAAGGCUUGCAUGAAUAUUCAAACUCUGAUGAUUUGUGCAUCAUCAGUGGGACUAAUUUUUCACCUCUUUCCUCCCGCUGUGUACCCUUGUUACAUGGAAAUAGUGCCUCUGUCUUUGUGAGCUUAGAGGUGAAUAAGAGACAACAACAGGGCGUUUAAUGCAUUUCCCUUGUCUCCAUUGUGUUCUCGUUAACUUGUAAUCAGCUUACCGGAAUAUCAAUUAAAGUUGAUUAUUUAUGAUGCGCUUAAUUAACUUCAGCUAGAUUGAGCUUGAUGUUGUGGAACUGGAAAGCGGAGCACUCAACGCCUCCUCACAGUGGCACAUUAAUCAUUCCCACACUCUUCUGCUCCUCUUUGUCGUGUGCAAGAUAGCAAGUGAUAGAAGGAAGACGGCAACAGUGCAGCGCUGGCACGCAAACCACACCACCACCACCAUCACCACAGCUGCUGCUGCUGCUUCUGCUGCUGCUGUGUGUGGUGUAGUGAAGGUGAUGCCAGGUGAGAAGUUCAGCCAUGCCCUGAGGACUCUGGAAUAACUGGGCUUUUUAAUUCUAUCCGGAUCUGUCUCUCAGGCCAGACUUGUGCUUGGCAGGGUGGAAAGGGCAGAGCUCCUGCUGAGCUCUCUGAAGUAUGAAAUGAAUUCACUGGUGUUGCUGCUUUCUUGAAGAAUGUGCAGAUGUAGCCACAGUGGGAGCCCCACUUUGUGAGUGUGCUGUUUCUUCACCCCCCCCCCCCCCCCCAAAGAGGAUUUUGUUUUGGAAAAUCAUGAAAUUCCACUUCAAUGUAUGAAUUGUGGAGGAGGGAGGAUAUCAUACUGACACAUCUGUGGUGGUGUCCUGCAGCUGUCCCCUGCUCCAUCAUAACAUAAGAAUCAAACUUUGACAUUGGAGAGAGAUUCCUGGCUUAAAUACAUUGCUUCGCAGAAACACAAACAUAUGAUCAUACAUAUAUAGAAAAAAAUUGCAUAAUUUUUAUAAAAAUUUAAAAUGUGCUUAAAAAAAUGAAUUUUAAAACACAUUUUUCAAACAUACUCAAGUGUAAAUACGAACAAUAUUUGUUUCUGUAUUGUUUGGGAUAAUUAACUGCUCCUCUUUAUUUAAUAGAACCUUGAAUUCAGUCUUUUUGGCUUUUUAGACUGAAUUUAUCAGGCAUGUUUUUGAAAUUUAUAAAUACAAACUAGGUACCUGGCAAUCAUGAAAAUAGUCAGCGAAUUAAUCACUGAUGACAAAACCUAAUCAUUUGCAUUUUCUAUGUUAGCUUUUACUCAAAGGGUUGUCUAAAAGCAUGCUUCAUAAUUCACUCAGUAUAUUGACAUUUUGUUCAGAAUUUUAGAUUUAUUGUAUUAGUCUGACUGAAAAUAGACAUUUUAAACACAUGUAAACAUUUUAACCCAGUUUCUCGUAGUCUUACAUACUAACAUGGUUGGAGAUCAAUUUCUGUUGUUUGUCUACACCUCAGUCAGACCUAAACUGGCCAAAGUGUUCUGUGCAUGCUUCACAAUUUGCACGUUAGGCUUUGACCCAGAAGUUGGACAGUAUUAAUGCAUUGUAGGAAGCUGGGUUGCUGUGCAUGUGCAAGAGUGCAUGGAUUUUAUGAGGUUAUGGUGAUAGCGCCCUCUCCUGGAUCAUACAACAAGUAACUUCAGGCAUUGUAGUUAUACUAUAGUUCAUUACAGUUAAAAUAUGAACUCCUCCCAAGUGAUUGUAUAAAGUUUAACAUUUCAUAAAAAAAGUGACAGCCCAACGGUCCAGUAGUAAAGAGUUCAAAGGGAGCAUAUCGCCACCUACUGUAGUGGAGGUGGACAUACUUUUGUCAAUAAAUCAAUUCUUGCCCAGUGCUUGCAACCGCACAAUCAAACAAACAUUCCCAUCGGUGCAACUAUAAACCUCCAUGUUCUGCAGAAUUCAACAAACAGAGUUUGGUAGCUCCAAAAAAAGUGAUUUAACAUCCAUUCCUGGUGUGUGUGUGUGCUUUAUCCCGCAAUAUAAGUACAAUGAAGGCCUGUAGCUUCUCUAUCUGAAAGUCUAAUGACAGUCUACCAUAUUUAUAAAGACAAACAUCUUUAAUAGGUGUACUUAAUAACUAAGUGUCUCACAGCUGCAGACUGAAAUGGUCUGCUGAGGAAAGUUCAAUUAAAGAUUUCAAAUAUGACAAGUCUCUGUUAAGACCUUUCACACUGUGAUUUUCUUUCUCUUAGUUGCAAGUCACUUUAAACUUUCAAAUGAUAAAAAGUGUCACAUUUAUAUUGAUGCAAGAAUGAGCCAGUUAAUGGGUUUGCCAUAAAUAAAUUUGUAAUCAAUAAAAGUUCAUGAUUUAUUAUUUCUUCCAUCAACAAUAUCAGAUAUAACAUUUCAGCUUUCCGUGUGUGAACACUUGCUGGGUCUUAUUGGCAUCCUGAACUGGUUUGGAUUUCUAAAAUAAAUCAAAACAUCAGAGAGAGAGAUUCUCACUUUUUGUUGACUAUGAAGUAAAAAAGAAACAGCAUCAGUAUUGCCAAAAUAAGACUGCCACUGUGACGAUGCUUUACAAACAAACUGAUCAGAAUAUGUCAGGAUUCAGUUCUAGGCAUGUAUUACACUUCUAUCAAAUUUUUCCAUCCAAAGUGAGCAGGCUCAGCACCAUGUCUGUCUCUUUUUUUCCUCCUUUGCUCAUUAUCAAAGAUCUGUCAGCGAAAGGUCAGACGUUAUGUGUUAUUUUCAAAUUAAAAGCAAAAAUGCCACUGAACAGUUCAACUGGAUAACAUGCCUCUACUUUUCUUUUUGAAUGUCACUGAAGCUUUCACCAUGCAGUGACACAAAAUUUGACAGACUUCAAAACUGAUAAUGCAUUUUGAUACAAGCUCAAGUCUCUUGUUGCACAGGCGAGGCUGUAUCUGACUCAGAACUUUGAUCAGCUACAAUAUUAACAUUUCAUUCCUUUUUGAGGUCAGUGCCACACCAACAUCUUUUAUCAACCCAUAGACCCUUGUAAGGGCACAUCAUCAUGUUACUGUAUGAAAAUUUUUUUUCGUUGUGUCUAAAAUAGUAGGAAUAGUUGUAGUCGAAUAAGCUCAAGGUAGCAGCGGCUCUGCUGAGAGCCCCUUCAGCCUGGACAAAUAGCUUCUUUUUAACGUGUUUCACCAACUGUGUCUGUUUAUUCUGCAGAGGAGGCUACCAUAAAUACCUUUCUUAAAAUGGGAUGGUAACCUUGUAACCAAUCUGAGCACCUGGAAACAAGCUGAGCAGCUGCUCAGCUUGCAGACCCUCCUCAUUUCCUUUGCUAUUUUAGAUUGUCUAACAAACAAUACUAGGACUAAUGUGAAAAUACAUUUUCUAAUUUUGUUGCAUGUUACAUUAUUAGAUUGUUACAUUGAAUCGCCAGGUUGAGGUUAGGGUUGUUUUGGAUAUAAUCUGUCCUCUGUGGAUGAGCUAGUUCAUGACUGAAAAACACUGUUACUCUGGGCCUGAUUCAUAACAGGACUGCACAGCUUUUGUAACUACAGUACCUGUGCUAAUGAGAUGAAAAGACAUCAUCUGAUUCGCUGAGCACAGGCAAGAAGGAUAAGGGUUCCACUCAUUGCACUCUUGCACCGUUUGCCAUGAGCCUCUAUGCAUUAAUUUAGAACAAUAUAUGCCCCUUUUUAUGCAAAUGAGCUUUAUUGCAAAAACAGUUUACUCACAAUUACCAGAGCUUCAUAUGUUUUUUUGUUUUUUUUUUGAUAUGCUGGAGUGUUUUUAAGUCAGGUCACACUCACUGAGCAACACUUAUUCCUCUGGAUGGCAUAAUAAUAACAUAUCUGCACAUGAAAUGUCUCUUGAUUACUUUGAAAUCACCAUUUCUAAAUGAUCAAGGGUUAAAUCUUCCUCUUUUCACCUCACUGUCCCACCCAACUGUUUGACCACCAUGGGCUCCAGAGCCUAUAGUUGCUCUGCUCCCCUACUUUGGAGCCCACACUUAAAAAUCCUGCGUGAUAUGGUUUUAAUAUUGCGUCAUUUUUUUUACAACCUUAGGAUUUACAAAUUACAGGCAGAGUUGCUCAUUCUCCAUUGACUGUUUGGCUCUAGAGCGAGCCUAAAGCAAGGAGACCAUCCAAUAUGGUGGCAACGCUGGAUUAUGCACCAGCAUGUAAUGAGGUGUCUACAAUGUUUGGUAGAAACAGUGAAUGACUGUGAGACAAACUUAAAGUAAAAGAAAUAGUGCAAACCAACCUCUGGUCACGGUAUGUGUGAAUGAACUUAAAACUGCAAUCCAAGAAGCUGAGAAGGUAUAUGACAAUGUUGCUGCAACACCUGUUUCUGCUGCAAAUCUUGAUGGCGAUGAGAUGCUGUUUAAAUUCAUGGAGAAGCUUGUAAAGGAAGCGACCUUAAACCUGGCAUCUUGAGAGCUGUGGAUUCCAGACACAGAGAGAGCCAGUCUUGAAGGCAGAGUCAAAGACUUGAAAACAACCCAUGUCAGGCUGGAUGCAAGGAGAGCAGACAGUGUUUGCGCAAAGAGUUGAAGAGGAGGAGAGAAAAGGUGCAUCAAUGCUGACUUCAAUGGCUGCAUCAGCAACCACACACACUGCACAGGCCACGGCCAUAGUGAGGCUCUCACUACCCAAGUCUUUCACAGUUGCAAAAGAGAUUUCCACAGGUGAAGGAGAGACUAGGAGAGCUGUCAAAAGCAAGGUGGACCAACCGGCUCAACUGAGGUGAAAAAGAUGCAACUUUUGGACAGCACAGGUAACAGAAUCUCAAAGCCUUUGACUUGAUUUCUGCUCACACACUGCAGAAGACAUCUUCAGAGUUGUGGAAAACAGGUAUGGAAAUAAAACUGCAGUUUCCCUGGAGAUGAUUGAGGACCUGGAGAAAAUCCUUGUGGUAAGAUCAAAUCAGCCAAGAAAAGUGAUCAACUUGAUCCAAGCUGUGGAGAAAGCCCUUGCAGACCUGACAGAGCUUGGAGAGACAGGAGCCAUCAAAAAUCCACUGGUAACAAAAAGUACAGAGAGCAAACUCCCCGACCUUCUUAAGAGAGCUUGUCUUGUCUUCAUGAUAAACCCAAGCAACAAUGUCACCCCGGCAAACCACAUUGACAACCUUCUGUAGUUCUUUAAGACCCAAGAACAAAUCCUUGAAAAACUUGUGCAACUUGGAGUGCCUGAGAUAUCAGAGAAGUUUGAAAGGAAGUUUCUUUCAACAAGAUCAACAAAGACAGAUGGUGGAUGCUUUGUCUGCAGAGAUGGGAUGCAUAAAGGACUGCGUUUUUUCUGCAAACGUUUCAAAGAAAUGAAGUUUAAUGAAAAGUUGGGUGUGUUGAAGAAGCUGGGAGCAUGUGAAAAGUGUCUAGGAUGUCAUGAUGGACAUGAGUGUAAAAACACUUACCUCUGCAAAAACCAAGACUACAGGGAAGGGAGCUCCCCAGACCACCAUUACCUUCUGUAAGCAAGUGCAGAAUCCAGAGGGAAUGAGUCCGACAAAGGUGGAUCCAUCAACCCAGGAUCAGUCUGGGUUGAUGCAGACAAAUGGACUGGAGGAGUUACCUGUCAUCAUGAUGCUUCUUGAGGUUACAGCAAAUGAAAAUUGGAACACUGAUAGACCUGGCAUCCGAUACCAACUCACUCACAGAGCAGUAAGAAGGUUAAUCGUCAGGAGUGACAUAAUCCCUUUGGUCAUCCAUAGAGUUAGGGGUAUGACAAUGAGGGUCCCAAGUCAACGAUAUUGUCUUAAAGUCAGAGUUAAGACACCCAGAGGCACAGAAAGAGCUCAUCAGCUCAUCUGUUAUGGUUUAAAUGAAGUAGCUAAUGUUUAGAAAGUCAUCAAACCUGAACAGCUAAAGAAUUUGUCUCCAGAACCCGGCCUGGAGGAUCUGUGAAGACCGGAAACAAUUGAGUGACUUAUCAGCCACAGAGAAGGACGACUUGCUCCACAGAGGGAGAAGAUCAGUGGUGACUUGGCCCUGUAGAGCAGCCCCCUAGGUAAAACCAUUGCUGGAACCCACCCAGACUUGUUUGAGAGAGUGGAGAAAAGAGCACAAACGUCUGAAACACACUUUGCAUGCUCCAUGAGAACAGCUACAGCUAAGUACAAGGAACUCAUCGAGGCUGACACUGAGCACAACUGCUGGUAGAGAUUUUCUGGAGUGGUGGAAAUGGGACAGUAUUGGAGCAGCCUGUGAAUCGAAUUGUAGAGGAUGUCGAUGUGGAAGCUGUCAGCCAAGAGGUAAAGAAAUGCCACUGAGAGAAGAAAAAGAGCUGGAAAUAAUAAAGCAAGAUCUCACUUAGGUAUAAUCUGAUGCACACAGUAACCUACUGCUCCAUACUGGGACACAAUAUACCCAUUAAAUCAGUCUGAGGCAGUGGAUCGAGCCAUGCCCUGGAGUUUUUUGUCAUCUGGAUGAGCACCUUUUGGCUUGGUUGCUCACUCUCCAGCUUAUCAUAGAAUUUAGUGCUAUCAGGAUGAGAGUGCACAGUGCAGUCCUGUGCAGCAGAGCACAGAGAUGCUUGCAGCCCAUGCCAGUCCUAGUAAAAUGCAAAACUGAAGCGAACUGCACAGCACUGUUUGUGCGAAUGGCACACAUGUUUACUCAUGAAUAUUAUAAGUGUAAUUUGCUUUUUGAGACUGCAGAUUGCAAAGAAGAUGAACUUGUGUUUUUAAUACUUGACUUUGGUUGGCAGUCCUUGUAAGAUUGUUGUGAAUACUUAAUAUGAAUUGUUAAAUAGUUGAAUCCACAUUAUAAUGUACUGCAUUUCUCAAGAAAGAGGAGAGAAACAUCUCACUUUGUCGAACUUUAAAGUUUAUUUCAGGGUUUGUGAGUACAAGCCUCUGUGGGCCAAAUACAGCUGUCACCAUGAAAUACAAUGGGUCUCUUCAGUCAUGGAUAUUCAUGAAAAACUAUAAAAUGACACAAAGACAUCUUACUUUACAAACAACUCUUUAAAAAAGCACAGCAAACCACACAUUCAAUCCAGUACAAGGUAUGGUGAGAAAUGAGGCAUGAUAGGAUGGGGCCUCAGUAAUUUUGUUUGCGAGUGAUCAUAUUUCCUCAGGUAAUUGAAAAUGUGGAUUUGAAAGCUCUGAAACUCAAGUAUGCAAUCACAGCAAUUCUGUCGCUGCUCUGCAUUGUCCUUGAAUCUAUUUUAAACUUUCUCUCUGACAAACAUCUUCCAGGUUUCGACGUCUCCGGCCGCAGCAGCGAGGACCUGGAGAGAUGGGGAGGAAGGAGGCUACUGCAAGAAAUAGACAACAGCAGCCUGGAGGAAAUGGGGAGUGAAGGAUCUAAGAACUGCACAGCUCCAGGUAAGACAGAGACAGGAUGAAAGAAAGAGGACACUGAAGUGUUCGCCCUCCCUCCCUCCUUCUCUCCCUUCAGAGCAGAGGGGAAAAAUAGGGAAAAAGUAAGAGAGAAAUCAUCACCGCACAUGCUCCUUUUUUCUACCCUCUCUGUCCUCUCUGUUUCCCCUUCUUGAUGUGGGGUAACCCACUUUGUGAGGUCAGAUGAUUUCCCGUGGGCCCACCAAUGACGUUCUGGCUGCUUCAGCAGUUUUCAGUCUUCGUUCUCUGUCACUUUUUUUCUAAGAUCCUGCAGGUUUCCUUCUCACUCCCCCUCACCUAGCUUCCUAUCUCUUCGUCUCGCAACAGCUCUUUCAUCCCUUCCUCUGUGUCUCCUGCACGUUUUCCCCCAUGGUGGCUGAAUUUCUGGGAAAAAAAAAAAGAAAAGAAAAAAUCCCUGUUUCCAUGGCGACCUUUUAUCUUAUAAACCUGCAACUUCUGUGUGAGGCAUUCGGGAUAGUGUGAGAGGAUGCUGGAGGCAUUUUGUGCAGCUUGUUGUUGUGAAGUUGUUGACUCUGGGUAGUGGGGCUGAAUCCACCAUGUGAGAGUAGAGCUUUCACAAUGUCAGACCCCCCCCCCCCCCCCCAUGAUUGUCAUGGCUAAAAAUAUCCUUAAUAUGGGUUUAAUAAUGGUAUUUAAAGAAAACUAAGGACAAAGGAGUAAAUAAAAGUACUGAUAUCAAAAAAGUAUAAUAUGAAAACAAUACGAUUACAAGUGUGAUAUAAGAAAAGCUAUAUCUAUCACUCUGACUGGUUGUUGAAGUCCACUGUUCAACGAUGCGUGAGAUGCACCAUGCACUCUAAAGAUUUUGUGCAACUUGAGCCUUUGUAUCUUUCGAGAGAGCUGCUGAUAGUAUUUGACUAAAUUUGAUUUGAGAUUUGUACUUUGGCUGCAGUGUGUUUACUAACCUUCUGAAUCGUUCGUUGUCAACCGUGGAAAAUGUUCUGAACCUUUGGUGAUAUAUUCAGUGAUACAUCUUUUUUUAUCUUUUAAGCUCUCUCUCUGUGAUGGGUAGUGUCACUAUAAACACUUCCUUUAGAGUACUCUGGUUCAGCUGGAUUUUUUGUCAUUGAAUGUUCUCAAGUCUUUUGUUUUUAGGUUGAAGCUCCUGCUGAGAGUUUUUAACCGGUUGUGAAACAGGCUAAUAUUAAUACUGUAGUCCCUUUAUGACCUAAUAAAAGUCCCUUGAACAAUUUUAUGAUGGUCAUUUACAGAAAAAAAUAUUUCACUUGGUGGUAAAGAAUUUCAGUGGGACGUCAUUGUGGUUGAAAUAGAGAUAUAGGUUGAAAAUAGAGCUACAUUUAACAGAAGUAUGUAUGAGUGUGAAUCAACCAUAAAUGAAAUUUAAGAAGGAGGAGGUAGACAUGUGAUGCAAGGUAACUUGGCUCCUUAAAAGCGUAUGUUCAGUUAAUGUGAUAUAGCACGCUAAUGGUUAACAGGUGCGACUUUAAGGUGUUCUGCCUUGUUAAGAAAAAUGAUAUCAUAGCUUAAUUAAUCCACAAAGAUCCAUGACUUUGUGAACAUUGAGUUUAGAAAGCUAUUGUAUUUGUCAUCCAAGAGUUCACUCACCAUUCAUAAUUAUGAACUUGAGCAGGGGGCUUGUUUUCAGGUGAGUUGUUUUCCCCCCAUCUUCUUGUACCCCACAAGGCACUUUGUUGUCUCCAGGGUCGAUACACUCAAGUCUUGUCUUAAAAAAAUGUGUCCAUGGGUUGUCUCUUUUCUUCCCUCCCAGUGUGCAGGCAACAGGUUGUGACGAGGCUCACAUAUACCAGGCUUUUAAAAAGACUUCUUACCAACAUAGUGGGGAAAAAUUGUCAAAUCAAAGUACAGAUCGAUGACUGAAUAGUUUAAAAUGAAUGUGAGAAAUAGAUCAUCAGAUCAGUGAUGAAUAUUUUGAUUUAAUUGAAAAAAGUUGAAAAACAAAUUUAUAGCUAAAUGGAGAAAAAAAGUUAAGAAACACAGCUGAAGGUGGAAGUAAGCAGAAUUAAGUUACAGUCUCCUUCAUUAUUAUGAUUUGGACCAAAAAUAGAUGAAAUUUCCAGGGUCUAGUGAACUGGAAGGGAAUGUUCCCGUGUGCUUGUGCGCCAGGGACUUCUAAAGUUGAUGCACAACCUCUGGGGAAGGAGAAAGACAACGCUGCAGAUAAGCUGCGCAGCAAAAGAUCGUACAGACUGGCAUGUUAUGAAUCUGAGGAGGCAGCUGGUAAGACUAUGGAACUUUUAAGACUUUGGUUUGCUGUUGUGCCGCCGCUCAGGGCACGAGCAAACUUUGUGGUAUUUACAUCAACACAACAUCAAACUUCAUGUUUAUAGACUGUUUGGAUGGAUGGUGUGUUUGUGUCUUCAUUAGCAGAAUUUUUUUUUAAAGUGCAGUCUGUAAUUUUUGGCACACGUGGGCAUGCAGUGAUGUCUGCAUGGAUUGAUUGAUUGAUUGCUUGAUUGAUUGAUUGAUUGAUGGUUUGUUCGCUGUUUGGCUUGGGGCCUCCCUUGCAUGAGCAGCAUGUUGAAGCUGAGUUUUUACAGGUUUUGCACAUGUGUUUUGAUUUUGAUUAAAUAAUUCAGGCAAUAUUAUGGCUGUUUGAUUGAAAAAGAAAAUUAUUCACUUCUUUAAAUGUUAAAAGCCAAUAAAUAUUAUAGUUAAAAGUUAACUUAAAAGUUAAAAACAGCAGGAAAAGCUACUUUCUGUUAUAUUGGGAAACAGGAGCUUAUAUGAAAAUGAUGCUGUUUUGUAUUAUGCAAUGCAAAGCUAUUGUUGAUUUAUUGCUUGUUGGCAUUAAGCACAAUUGUUUCUUCUGUUUGUUUGUUUUUUCUAUUUCAAAGGUUCUACGUAUAGCAACCAACGUUAGUGAAUUCAACUGAACAACUUUUAAAUCAAGAAACCUUACAUUUCAAAAUAAAAGAUGAAAAAAAGAUGUUCAGUGUGAAAGUUACAAAGUGCUGUUCCAGUCUAGAAAUACUCAAUACUCUACAGUUUCCAUGCACUCAACUACGUUCCAGGUAACAUCAAUUAAGUCUUUAAGGGCCGAGGGCUUAGGGUUUAGGGCUUAUAUCUAGGGCUAAGAGUUUUGAUUUAGGGUUUAGGGUUUAGGUCUUAGGGUUUAGAGCUUAGGGUUUAGGGUUUAGGGCUUAGGGUUCAGGGUUGAUAUUUAGGGCUCAGGGUUUCGAUUUAGUGCUUAGAGUUUAGGGCUUGGGGUUUAGUGUUAAGGGCAUAUAUUUAGGGUUUUGAUUUAGUGCGUAGAGUUAGGGCUUAGGGUUAAGGACCUAUAUUUAGGGCUUAUGGUUUUAGUUCAGGUCUUAGGGUUUUGGGCUUGGGGUUGAUAUUUAGGGCUUAGAGUUUUGAUUUAGGGGUUGGGGCUUAUAGUAAAGGGUUAGGGUUUAGGUUCCCUUAGGUUUAGGGUUAAAGGAGGAGUUUGAAAUUCAGCCUUCGUAUUAACUGACAAUGCCAAGUGACUACUGAAGAAGACUAUAUGAAGUUUGUAGUCCAAAUGUGUACAGGUUAAGAGAAAACACACUGAAACAGUUGGAAGAAGAGCGUAACUACAUCCUAAUGAACCUUAGUGGGUAAAUCUGUUAUUGUUUGACAUAUAUUUAAUCAAGGUUUUAUUUGUGGAAGUGUAAAACAUUUACUGUUUCAAGUGUUGAGUGGAAUCCAGUUUCAUUUACAGGUAGCAUACACAAUCCUUUCAAGAGAGGAAACGGCACAGUUAGAGUACUUGACAAAAAUUAUCUAGUGACAAUAAAAAGAUAAACAGAGGGGGCGAGAGUUUGUAUCAGUGCACUUGUUGCAGAAAUAUUACUGGACUUGAAGGUAAAUUAAGUGACAUGGACAGCAUUUGCGCACUCAAAAUGAUCAAAAUUUUCCAUCUUGUCAUUAUUUUCCAGAUAGUUUUGAACAGAAAUUUCACCACAAUUCUCACUGUCACUUGGCAAACCAUUCAUGUCAUAAUCUGUGUUCAGUUGGGGAAAGCUGCAACGUCAAUGAACACUUAUUGUCAACAUUUUUUAUCAUAUAAAUUAACUGGACCGUAGUAUCUGUAAUGCCCACCUACUUCUACACUGAUCCACUAUAAUCAUAAUAAAACUUUUGUCCUAGAGUGUUCUUUUUUUACCUUUUAGUCCAAUAUCAAGGUACUAUUAAUCUCCUAAAAUCAUUACAUUUCCAUCCCAAGUAUUUAGGCCUAUAAAGAAUCAAUCAAAAAAUGUUUAAAAUAAAGGCUCAUCACACUUUGGCAGGACAAAAAGCGAUAUCCUCAAAGUGCUUCUUUUGUCUAUCCAGCGAUCAAAACUCGAACACUCAUCCAUAACUGUUAUGUGAAUAGUCAAGAGUAACGGCAGAUCCUCACAUUUGAGAUAUUGCCAACAGCAGAUUUGUGCUAGAUGAAUAAAUAAAUAAUUAUUUAGUUAUGAUAAAUAACCAACCGUCAACAAAUCGAUUGGUGACCAAUGCGGUUGUACUUUGGAUGAAGUUUGACUUUGAAUAAAAACGUGUUUUGUGCCGCGAUCCAGCCGGCUCUUUAACAAACCAAUCCUCACAGGUGUGUGUGAAACAUCACAUACUCCUUGAUAUGUUUCUAUAUUUAGAUGAUAUUAGACAUGAAUUUCAUGCUCCCUCCUGUUAUAAUUGCAGUGUAAGAGGUGGGAUGCAGAUGCGUGACCCCCGCCGCAGAUCACUUUGACAUUUGUCUUUUUUGCCUCCUCAAGCAGGAGGCAAUUGGCCUCUCUCAUGGCGUUCUCUCGUGAGCUCAUUAAGCAAAAUAGCCGUCAUCAAUCUCCUUCCUCACCCUCCCAAGGUCGGCUUUGUCAUCUAUAAAGGGAGCAGAGGUCAAAGUUCAACUUAUUCUCUCAUCCUGCUUAUUAUACAGUAGCUGCUCUUUCCUCCUUUGUGCUAAAAUUAAAGCUCAUACCCUCGGUGGCUUCAGCCCCAGCGUCUCUCCAAGGAUUGAAAGGUUUUAGAUGGAAAAAAAAAGUCUCAGAAAGUCUGAGCCCACUCUGGUGAUUUCUGCUGCUGUCCCUGAAAAGAGAGACGUAAAACAUACAGGAGAUAGUGAGUCAUUUUUACAGCUGACCUUUGAGAGAGAGGAGUCCACAAUUUUUAAAAGAGUGGUGUGAAGGAAGGCUGUCGAAGCAGGACACAUGGCCUGUGAGGUGUGAGCAGGUGCAAUUUUGUCGGUCUUUUUAAAUGAUGAAAGUAUUUUUUCUUUCCUCCUCAUCAAAACUUUUUCAUCCUGUAAAAUCCAAGUUGAUAGGAGAACUUUUCUCUCAUAGUCCACUGUUGAAAGGUUUCCUCUCACCGACUGGCCAAGGGUCUUCUAAUUUAUAUGAUGAAAUAUUACCAGGAAAUGCAUUUGGAUAACUCCAAUUCAGGAAAAUGGUGCACCAUUUAUCCAGCUAUAUACCAUGCCUGGCACUUUUUGAAGCUGUGCACAACCCUCUAUUUCACCUCAGUCAAAGUCCCCCUUCCAUGCUGAGCCUCCAAUAAGAGACAAUGAAGAUGAAGUCUUGAUCAAUGCGUUGUAAAAUAGGGACACCGUGAUGAUUUUGAAUGUAUCAGCAGUCUUGUUUGAUAACAAAAAAGCAGAACUGAAAGUAAAUCUUCAUAAACCACCAAACAACCAAAAGUUCGUCCCGAUGGAAACACUGUCAUAUGAUCCCAAAGGUCAGUAGGAUUCAUCCUGUUGGAACCAAAGCUGUAUUUGUCAUUUGGCCAUUCAGCUUAUUGUGUGAUCAUGUCGUAACUUGCAUGUGUAUCUGCACACCACAGACUGUGUGAGUGUGUGUUUUUCUGCAGUUUACCAUGCACAGAGUGUCGAGCACGAGUCUGUCUGAUGAGGAAGCAUCCCGACAUGAGCUCUGUGCUCCGGGAGGAAGCAGCACGGCGGAGGCGCUCACUGAUUGUUGCCUGAAAUUAUUGUCCUGCCGAUCGAGAUGAGGGAGACAGACAGAGAGACAGAGCGGGAGAGAGAGGCCCUCAUUUGCUAAUUUUUCCCUGCCGGGCGCACAUGAAACAAGCGAUCAUACCCAUCAUUACGUCUUCCUCACUGAUUUUAAUUGUGAAGACCCCGCUGUUACUAGUGAUUUCAGUCACUUGUUUCAUCCCUGACCCCCUCCUCAUCAGUGUUUGGUUCAUCAGUGGAGAAGAAACCGGAAAAGCUGGUAGUCUUGCUGCAUGAUAUAAGCACUGUAAAUUUUCUAGAUUAUCUAUACUAACAUUUAUUGUUAGGAGAUAGUUAAAUUAAAGGACCCAGAAGCAGACUGGAUGACAGGCAGGUGUUGUAGAGGUUUUAUUUCAGGUUGGAUGGUAUCUGGCAGGGUCUAAAGGUGGGUGAAUUAAGGCACUGUUGAGCUUCUAUGGGUAGACUUUGGAGUUGUGUGGAUUUGGCUUGUCCAUAAACCUGUUUCAGUGAAAAACAGUCCAGCCAGGCAGGACAAAUGAAGUAGGAUUCCCUCUGUUUUACCGGAUUACCUACAGGGUCUCUUAAAAAGGAAUAUCAAAGUUAAGAGUCAAUAAGGAAAUGUUGUUUUGAUAGUCAGUAGUGUUGUACAAUUAGAGGAUAUCAGAGGGGGGUGGUAGUCAAGCUGCAGCUAAUAACUUUAGCUGUCGUAAGUAUUUUUAAAAAUUGCCAUUUCUUUUGAACUUUUAAUAUCUACAUUUCAAUUUGCUUUUUAUCGCCAUUAUGAGACUCAAUUGUUUGCAGUAUUAAACAGUAUUAAAGUUAGUAUUAACAAAGUAAAGAAUUCUUACAAGUUUUUUGAUUAAGAAAUCAUAGGAAUGCAGUGAAAUAUACUUUUUUCAUUCAAAUAAAUGCUAUACAGCUACACCCGUGUAGUCUAAGAACAUUAUUUAGAGGUAGGAGACAGCUUCAAAGUGCAUAUUCUGUAAAACACUUUUUCUUUUCUUUUUUUUUUUCUUUGAAGGAUAACAUUGCAGCACAUCAAGAAUGCAGAAGUGCAUAAACAAAAUAUUCAGUCAGUGUGAAUAUGACACACAGUGAUUCUUUAAUAAUUUUAAUCAUGUAGUUAAUGACGUCCAGGGAUCCCUGGUUAAUGCAUCAGCGUUCUCAGGAAUUCUAGUUUGGAUGCUUCCUCAGUAUCGUAGAGGACCUGCAUGUCUUAAACUAUCAUACUCACACCAGUAAUGCAUAAAUCUGAUCACAGCAUACCAACUGGAGGAUGUCCUUUAUACCUGAGCCACAGGUCCGUGGGAACUCAUACACUUAACAGCUCUCUGAAGGCUUUUGUGAUGCAUUUACAUGCUGUCAUCAGUCUGACUGGUUAUACUUGCGUGCUUCGCUCAAAAGUGCCCAAAAUUAAGGUAUUGUGGUGAUAUUCUAAUUCAGUUUAACACCAAGUGAAUAUUACGGUGAAUAUUACUUUUGGCACUCAACUGAGCAGUGUGAGAAUAUUUAAAAGUGAGAUGUGACAUUCAAAGCACAGUGGUAUUAUUUUAUAUGAGAUUUCAGUAGGGCUGCGAGCUGAGCUGCAGACAACCAGGUUAGCUCAGUUUUUAGAUGUUGUAAAGUUGUCUAGUUAUUGCGUUAGGUGUUGGUUACAGUUGAGAAGGGUUAAAUCUCUGUAACUUUGAUCCCUAUUUUCUAGGGGUGGAAAUAAUACAAUAUUAUCAUGAUAAUUGGGCCACAAUAUGAUAUUAUUGCGAUUUUUAACAUUUUGCAAUAUAGUGGGUAUUGCGAUACAAUAUAUUGCGAUUUAUACAAUUUUUUUCAACUGUUUAGCUUAUUUAGCAUUUGUCUUUCCUUUAUGUUUGUCUUAUUUACUCUGUAUUUUAUUUUCAUCUAGCACAUCUUGCAAACCUCAUGUGUCAGGUCCAUCUCAUCUGUGCUCUGCUUGCAUUCCUAAUGUCCCUCCCCGAGGUGCUGCUAUAUUUGUUGUACCAACUUUCUCCUGCUCGAAGAUGUCACCUCUGCCAACCUCACUGGACAAACAGUUGAUUUUAGUUUUCCAUUAUCAUAGAUUUGACUUCUUAUUAACAAUUAAUUUGAAAAAAUCGAUACUUGGUAAAUGAGCGAUACGAUAUAUAUCACCAGACGAAACAUUGCGAUACUAUGCUGUAUCGAUUUUUUCUCCCACCCCUAUUUUCUGUGUACAGCAGAAAUAAAAUAAAAAAUCCUGGCUAAUAAAGAGGUGAAAGGUUCAUGUACUCUAAGAAUGACUAACAAUGUUUAUGUAAGUAUAUAAGCGCUCAUAAUGUACGUUUGCCUCCAUAAGUACACAGCACAAGAAAUCUUUCGUUUUCUCCUUGACUUCCCUUUUAUCAUGAAAAUCACAAGUUUUUCAUUCUGGUGACUUUGUUGUGUGGGUGAGGCAAUGUUGUACCUGACUUGCUGUGGCCUAGAUUAGAGUAGGAAAUAAGAAAAAGCCAUCACUUCAGAGGAUACCAGAGCAAUCAGGAGAAGAGUCUUUUAAAUUUUCACCAAGUACAGCAAAGACAAGAUUUUUAACACUCUGCCAUGCUCAUGCACGUUAAACCACGCUCUUUAAGGACUUGGCUUCUGGACAAAAAGGGACACCACCCCAGUGUGGAUUAUUAUUUCCUGUUGAUUCUCCUCUCUUUCAAACACAGGUGGAUGACGUAACCCCCGGCAGCUCUGUGUACGGUGGCAUUAUUAGACAGAUAUCGGUGGGUACCCCAAACAUGUGACUGCUCUCUACAGGGGUCUUUCCCCGGAGGCUUUCCUCCUCCUCCUUCUCCUCCUCCUACGUUAUUAAACAUCCUCUCUGCUUGGCUCAGCUCGACUCCGACGCCACACUCCAUUUUAGGAAAGGAGGCUGCGAUGACUUAAUCAGGGCUUCCCUUUGAGAUAUGUGAUGUGUGUGCACGCAUGCGUACGGCUGAACGUUGAAGGAAUAGAGCCUCAUUAGGAAAAGUAUUGAUUAAUGCAAGAGUGCCGGCCCUGUUUUCUGCAGCGAGUAGGAGUGUGUGUUCAGCCCAUGUGAGCAUUUAUGUGUGUUUGUUUGCCUCACUUUACGUGGGCAGCCCCCCCCGGUUCCUCCCCAUGUGCCGGAGGCAAGUGAACAAGCAUCGCUGUAAUGCAGCUGAUGAAUUAAUCACACCAGAGAAAAAAUGAUCACGGGCUAAGACCUCGACAAUAGAGCUUCACUAAUCAAAUGCAAAAUUGACCUGGGGAGCUCCCAUAAUGAUUUCCUCUGAGAAAUCAAUCCUGCUGUAUUACAAUAUUAGCUUUGAGUGAGCUGCUCUGUCAACACAACCACAACAACUGCAUAAACAGUUGCAGAUGGUGGCAAAGUUCUUUCAUAACUGCCUAACGUGCAGAUUGGCAAAGUCAUCUUGUUGUGUUAUUGCAGAAACAGAAGCCUUGGUGCUCAAGGGAAUAAGAGCGAUCCAUCACAGCAAUUAGCUGAGCGAGUCAGAAAGUCCCCGCUACAUCAGCUCCUGCUGCUCCUCUCACUGUUUCUCCCUCAUUUCCCCCCUUUACUGUUUUUGUCCCUCUUUUUUGUUUGCUGUUGUUUUCCCCUCAUUUCUGCACUCGCUGAAUGUCAUGUUUCUUCUUCAUCUCUCUUCUAUCUCCUCCUGCAAAUAGAGGAAAUGCUUCCAACUUCCCCUCUGAAUUAUAGAGUCCAGGUUGUUUGCCAGCAGCAAAAGUGGCUCGACACACCUUUAAAAGAUUCAUCCUGCUGGUGUGACUGUGAGCAAUGUUGAAGCUGUUUCCUGAGAGCUGCAGACAUCGCCCUCAAUGCCACUUUUACAAAGACUGAGAGGAGACAUAGCUGCUCACACGAGAAGUAUUUUUCUGAACAGUGUUUUUGUGAUCUCAGAAGUAAAAUUGUCUGCACAGAGAGUCUCAUUAGGUUGUUUCAGUGCAGCUUGUCCUGAACCAACUCUAUCAUGUUAACGCGCACAGCUCAGUCAAUAUGUGGUUAUAGCUUGUUUAUGCAUUUUAACUGGAAGCUUAGUAAAAGCUAGUUUAGUUUUUAAAUCAACCCGGAGGUGUGGGGUUCCGCCCCAGGUCCUGAGGCGUCCUUGGGCAAGACACAUGACCCCAUCCACCCCUGCUGGGUGCGCUCUGUGGUGUGUGAACGGGAUAAGCAGCCUCCGCUUUAAGUGUGAGAAUGUGGUUUGAAUGUGACAUGCAAUGUAAAUAGUGCUUUGAGCGGUCUGAAGACAAAAGAAAGCGCUGUACAAAAAGAAAAUACAGUCCACCUUAGAUGCCUGCAUACUAGGGCUGGGCGAUAAACCGAAAAUUUACCGAUACCAAAAUUUACGACAAUUUUGCCCAUGUCAAUAUAUUUGAUGUCAAAAAAAAUAAAUAAAUAAAAGUUGGUUUUGGAUUUUUUUUAGGUAGGCUAUGGUCUCAUGUCCCUUUCAAGACGCUGACCUACGUUUGAGACGUGACUCCACCCCAUCCAGUCUGUAACAAAGAGGGAAAGACAGGUGAGGAGAUGGAGGACGGUUCAAAGUUUGGAGCGGCUGAAGUAGAUGAAUUUAAUGUGGGAGGGGGUGAGCAGCUAGUGCAGUAGUUAUCGUCCAUUUAUCGUUAUCAAGGUGAACUGCUCAAUAUAUCGUGAUAUUGAUUUGAGGCCAUAUCGCCCAGCCCUACUGCAUACCAUGCUUCUUGUUAAUUACAAUAGCAGUUUUACAAAGGACACAGUCAAAUAAUUUGUUAUCUGCUAACAGUGGAGGUUGGUACAAUGUGAGAUAUAUCUCAUUCCCCAAUGAUUCUGGUGCAAACAACACAACAUUUCAGACUCCUAUUCCACUUUGCUUUUGGUUGUGCUCUGACAAUAGGACAGUUUUCGUAUGUCUCAUUAAAUGCAGCCAUGCAGUCUUCUUAUGAUUUUGCCUCCGGGUACAUAGUUUAAAAGUUUAUCUUCUUCAGAGUCAAUAUAACAGUGCAGCCUCGACCAUACAUACAGAGGAAACUAUCUUGGUUGGUGCCUUGAGGUCAGACACGGACAAGCUGUGUGGCUUUGCAUGACUAAGCUUGUCGUCACAUCCUGUUUGUGCUGCACGGUGUCAAAUAUAAGGUUAAGAUUCAGUCAAAAUGUGAUAAGAUGUUUGAUGUGCUUUAUGGAUAGGAAUAUUUCAGCCUGUCAGAUUGCAUUAUUUGAGGAAAGGCUCUCCACAUGAAGAAGUCGAGCAGCUGGCUGGCAGUGAUGAUGAUUGACAGAGCCACAGCUCCCAAGUGCUUCAGCAGGCACUCUACGAGCUACUGAGGGAGCCGCAUGUACACAACCAGACUGAGUUAUUGUCCUCGUCAGAGUGAGGGAUGCAGGGGAAUAAUUUUAUCUCAUGUAAACAUAUCUAAAGGGUCAUUACCAUAAUCUGGUCAUGAAUACUACUGCCGAUGGAAAUGCAUUAUUCAAAAAAAGUCAUUCUUGUGCUUUUUAUGCCUUUAUUCAGAUGAUUGGAUAAAGUAAAAAACUGAGAAAAUCCAUAUUUAGCAGCAGUGAGGGAUCAACAGCAAAACUAUGUUUGCAACAACAACGGCAAAACAGGGUUUCAGUACAUUUAUUCAACCCUGGUCCUGAGUGGGUGCCUUAAAAAAAUCUGUAUUUGCCAGUACAGAGUAGGGCUGUAUUGGCAGAUACGUAAUUAGAGAAAAAUUGGACAUUUUAACAUUUUCUCAAAAAAGAAGCACAUUAUUUUGAACUCUAAAUACCCGUUCUUCACAAAUCAAUUUAUUUAAAAGCUAUUUGAUCAUGUACUGAAAGGCGACAUGUCAACGCCAAUCAGCUGCACAGACAGGGAGGGGGAGAGAGAUGCACAUUUAUCAUCUGCAACAAUGCAUAUAUCAUUAGCUACUGUGUAGCCUUAUAUAUUGCGGGUGAUGGAGGGACAAUGUUAGUUUUAUUCAAUGCUGCUAUUUCAAUGUUCAUUUUCACCAACUCUGAUCCAUGCCUGUGUCACAUCUAGAAGUGAUUUUUGAAGUAGUACCUUGUAUGGCUCACCCUCCAAAAUUACCAAUAAAUUAUAACACAUGCAAACCUCUUCUGUUCGCCUCCUCACCAACACCCGUUCACGCGUCCACAUAACUCCAGUCCUCCAUAACCUCCUUUGGCUCCCUGUUUGCCAAUGCAGUUUGAAAUCCUUCUUCUCAUCUUCACAGCCCUCCAUAAUCAGGGCCCCUCCUACCUCACUGACCUGCUUCACUCCUCCAAUCCUCAGACUCUAACCCUCUCAUCCCUGCACUGAGGACCAAGUGCUCAGCCUGGGAGACCGGGCCCCAUAGCAGCCCCCUCCCUCUGGAACUCUCUCCCCAAACACAUUGUGGACUGUACUGAUUUAUCAAAGUUCAAAUCCCCAAUCAAAACCCACCAGUUCAAAUCUGCUUUUAACUUUUGAUGCAACUGUCUGUCUUUUUAGUCUGUAUUUACUAUGUCCUUGUCUCGUACUACAAACAUGUAUCUCUUCUAUAUAGGGAUGGGAAUCGAGAACCGGUUCUUAUUAAGAACCGAUUCCAAAUGGUUCAAUCCAUCGACAUCGUUUACAUUUUAUCUUAACGAUUCCCUUAACAAUUCCCUUAUUCCGGGUGCCUUGGAAAACAGUCUAGCGAGUGCCAGUCUACACAACAAGAACAGAGACUUUGAGGUAUAAAACAUGGCGGACGGUAUGAAAGCGUUGCUUCAUUUAACAAAGAAAGAUGACAACAGUGCGACGUGCAACGUUUGUUGAGCCGUGAUAACAUGCAAAGGUGGAAACACCAGCAACAUGCUUAAACAUUUGUCAACAGGGCAUGGCAUCAGAUACAAGGAGUCACAUGUAUUUGCUGUUCUCCACCGGUUGUCAGCCGCUGCUGCUCCAUCUCAGCACAGCAUGGAAGUUACUCAUGUCUUGUGUUAACAUAAGCGCAUUGCAUGCCAGACUUAACAACGUAUUUUGUAUUUGACUUAAUACCGACCGAAGUAAACGCUUUACAAAUAGUUUGUUGUUUGAUUAUUUUUAGACUCUCACCGAAGGUGGCAUACAUCUUUUUCUGUUAUCCAAGACUCAAUAAAAUUUGGAGCUAACGGUGAAAACCUAUAGUCUAUAUUUUUUAAAUCAAAGACAGGCAUUGAUAAGGGACCCGUUAAGGAAUUGAGUCAAUAAGUAGAAUCGAUAAUGGCAUCGAUAUCGAUAAAAUCUUAUCAAAUCCCAUCCCUGCGUCAAUAAAUAAAACACAAUAUAACAUUACCAGUGUAGAUCUAAAGCUUAUUUUUGCUGUUUCUUUUUAAGUGUAUUUCCUCAUAUAUUUGAUAUAACAGUGGGGCUUUUUUUUCCACAAAGAUAAAUCAUAAUCUGUUGAGCUGUCAUGCAUGAAUUAGAAAGACUGAAGUUAACUUGUUCCAGAGAACUCUGUGCAGCCUAGGCUGCCAUAGCAAUGUUCACUGUAAAAAAGUGAGUCACCUUCACUGUAUUGACAAGCCAGGAUCAUGUCCAAUCUAGUCCUAUAUGAGUUUUGUCAAACUGAUUGACCACGCUGCAGAUGAUCUGAUGGAUGUGGUUAUGGUUCAGACUCUAACUGAGAUGAUGUUGAUCAGAAGCAAAUAAGAGUAUGGUUGCGUUUUUGGGACUGCGCUUGCAUUGAGAGUAUUUUCUUUGGUGAAAAAGGUUUGAAUAAUUGAGCCAAACUGUUUCAUAUCCAUCUGGUCAACUGACCGCUUGUAUCUCUGAGCACAAAAUAAGAUCCAAAAUUCUUGUUUAAAAUGUGACUCUUAACAGCUUCCCUCUUUCCCAUUGUUUUUUUUCUUUGUCCACUUUUUCACUUUCAGUCCUUCCUCCGUAAGGGGCUGUGCAUUCAUUAAUAAUGAUUCUGUUCUUAUAUAAGCGCUCAUACACAGUUCAUGUAAGAUUAUGUCAUAUCUGUUGCAGCAGUGUGCUAACAUUCGCAGAGGACCUCCACAAACUUAUCUCAGUCUUGAGAUGAAAAAAGAAAACAAGACACAUUUAUUGGUGAAAAACAUGGAGUCAUCAAUAAUUAGCCAUGUUUCCAACAAUAUGCAGGAAUGAUAUCCUCCCAGCUAUAAGGUGUCGGACUUAUGGUUUACGUGUAUGUGUGUGUAAGCACAUCUGUGUAUAUGGGGUGGGGUGGGGGUGAAGUGUGUGCGUGCGUGCUCCAAAGUGUGCAAGGAAGGAAAAAAGAGCGGGAGUCCUUAAAUGUCACAUUACUCAGCACGGUAACUACGCUCACGACAUGCGAUGUGUCAGCCCACAUCAUCAUCGCCCACUGAGCAUGUGCAGAACAGGCCCCCAGCCCUCCACGUGCGCUCAGAAUAUGCACGAGAUGAACACGGGGAUGAGCUUGUACAGGUCCCCGAGGGCGGGGAAUGCAACUUUAAUCACCUUUUUUCAGUGUUAUUUAUUUAUUUUUCUUUGUCAUGCUGAGCGCCACCAUCCCCCUGGUUGUUUUUGUUAUUGUCCUCACUGUUUGCUCUCUGUCUGUUGUACCGGCGCCGUUAGAGCAUCGACAGCUCCACAUGACGUCUGCACCUCCGAGGGGCAGCAGUGACUCCUUGUGCAUCGGCCUGAAUCAAACGUCUUUAUCAUCAGUGUGAGGGAGAGUGUCAAUGUUAAACCUCUCAGGAAAACUCACAGCACUCUCUCUGCUCCAACUUACAACCUCUGUCAGGUCAGACUCCCAGAAUGCUUUGCUUCCAGCCAUAUAGCAUAGUGGGCUAUUUUUAGGCACAUUAAUAUUCCUCUUAGUAGAGUUCACAUAUUCAAAAUAGCACACACAUUAGCAUCAUUUAUCUAUCAUUAAUGUCUAUUUACAAACACAAAAACUGCAAGGUUAUUCAUUAGUAACCCUCAAAUUACUGUUAAUGCUUAGUCUGUUUACAGCAACCAACUGGACUGUCUCUAAAGUGAAUAAGAAUAAAAAGGGCGUGAAAUACUGAGCAAAUGGUUUGAGGAUUGGGAUUAAAGUAAAACAACUGCCAAACUCACUCAUAAUAAGUAAAAUUGGAGGUAAUUGAUAGAAAAAUCAAACUGGAGCUAUGAAUUUAAACGCCCUAUUGCACGACUAAUAAAGAUAAUCAAAGAGCCCGUACUUGACUGAUGAUUUAUUGGUGAAUAUUGUACUUGAAAAUAAAGGAUUACCAUCAUUUCAGAACAUAAGCAGAGUCCAUCUGUACGUUUGCCAGGGAGUUCAACUGAAACAACAAUUCAUUAACAUCAAAUUGAUUAGAUUUUAUGUUUUUGCCCAUAAGUUAGGGGCAAAACCCAUACUAGCAUUAUUGUUUUGAUAACAGCAAAAUAUAUAAAGUUUUCAGAGGGCUGACUUGACCAACAUAAAGCCUCUGAUAGGAUAUUUCAUUUUGAUGGUCUAUAAGAAGUGUAAAAAUUAGGAUUUUAAAAGAGUUUUAAAAAAGGUAUUCCCUGUUCAAUCCUUUAAGAUAUGAUAAGAUGAGUUUGUUCGCCCCUCAGCUGAGUGGCUGUUCAUCUCACAGCUUUAGAAAGGCCAACAUGACUGUUUUCUAAAUCAGGGGGAGUCAGUUUGUUUUUCAGGGCGAUUACGCUGCGCUUCGGUGAAUUUAUUCCCUUUGACUAAAUACAAAAUAAGUGUGCACGCCAGCUGUGGCAUAUCCUUUUUCCUCUAUUAUCUAGAGAUUUGCGCUUAGACAGUGAUUAAAUGACUCCAGACGGAAACAGAUCCUUCGGCGAAUAGUACAGUUAGGUAGAAAAAGAAGCUGUAGUGUAAAUCAGAUGAGAUAUGGAGUUUACCUUUCUGAUCACUACCCUUCCCCUCUCUUUCCCUUUUAAGUCCAAAAUAUCUCAAGCUAUCUCUUUGAAUGCAAUCUUCAAACGUGUUUUUCACCCUCCUGCAACCUCACUAGCGUCUAAUUGCAGCCGGACGCUGUUAUGGAAGUGGCUAUAGCAUCACUGGGAGGAUAUUCUGUGUUGUUUUUCAGAGAGAAAGGAAACCACACAGAGAGGACGCACACACAGACACACGGACGUAAAAACAGUUCCCACUGUGCAUAAUUAGCAAGAAGUGUGAGAUGCAGAAUCAUUGCAUUCAUUAUGGGCUGGAUGGUUUCCAGUGGAUGGUAGUUUGGGAGCAGAGGGAGAAGUCUUGCAAAUCCAUAGCGCCUUGCACCCCUGUGAGGAGCGAGUUCGCGGGGAAUUCAUUAAUGGCAUAUUUAAGUGUUAGUCAUGGCGCGUGGCUCCCACUGAUCUGCUAAUGGAGCUCCUCUGUGGCACUUUCAUGCUAUGAAACUGUCCCCAUGUUUGAUUCUGUCAUGAGAGCCAGAGUUUUUGUCUGACAGCCUGGUAGAAGUGAAUUAGUGAAUUAGUCAUUAUGACAACAGGGAAUCUCCCAGGACUUUAGAUCUAACUCAUUGUUGAAGUUUUGUAGUUUUUAAUAUCAGCCCUCAGGGUUUCAAUCAAUCUUUGUUUAUACAAGGCCAAACCAGAAUAAGUGAUAAUUCAGGACACUUAAAACAACAUGAUCGGUCAUGGAGGCAAAAGGCAACACACGACUUUAUUAACUCUAACACAGAGUGCGAGUAAUAUCAUCUAUUCACCUAAUGCGCACGGAUCUAGAUUCGUGAAUGAAAGCAUUUACUGGCUUUAGUCGCCCAUCAAAUCUAAAUAAUUUCAUCAUUCCUUGGAUACUGGCGCCGUGGAUACGAUAAAUCCAAGCGUAGUAGAAAUGGUUGUGAAGAUUGCUACUAUUUAUUUGUUGUGGGAAGGAGAGGCGAUGAGAGAGGAGGAGAGACACUCUGACAUGAGUAAAUUAGAUCCAGAGAGGGAAAUAGCAGGGGGUAAAGUGCUGCUUUUACUGCUCAGGCUGCAGGUGCUGCAGCUUUCCAACUGACCCCACAACCAUAGGCACACAUAUGCACUCACAGGAUUACCAGGUAAUGUGACGUCCUCACUCACUUGCCUCCAGGCGAGCUCCUUUUAAUUCCGGUUUCGGUAAUUGAAAGGAAAGGUAUCAUAUAAUUCGGGGCUCCCACACACCGACACAAUCAGUUUGUCCUCCACUUUAGAUACCACUGAACAACUGUGCGUUUUCAUACGUCACCCGGCAACCUUAUCGCAAUGCGAACAUUUGCUCAAGUUGAGACAUUUUCAACUUACGCCCAAUUCGCGUCUUUUGCACCACCAGAAUGGUAAGAGCGUCUAAUCGUGUCUUUGCAUUGACUAAACAUGUAAGUGAAUCACGCAAAUGAUUUUACUUAGACAGUAAUAAAUAUAUUUCACUGUAAUUUGAUUAUCCAUUUCAAAUAAGGGUCAAAUGUAUGAUUUAUUGAUGAUUUAUUCACACAUUCAGGCUGCUUUAUUCCCCUCUCAGUAAAACCAGGUGGCAAGCCGCGGUCCUGAGAAAUGAAGCUGAUGAGGGAAGGGAGGGCUUAAUACUGCAGUUCCCUAAGAGCACACUUGGGUCUAGCUGAAGAAGCACCAGAAACCAUGAACACACUGAGUCGAAAAAGGUCUGUUUUUAGAGCAGGUAUAAACACGUUUACAUUUUGACAUAUAAUGAUCAACACGAUAUGUGCAUAUUUAUAUUCAAAACCUUACUAAAAGAUGACUGUGCUUGAUGUUUGGACUGAUGAUGAGUUCUCAAGAUCAAAUGCUGACACUGUUUGUUGUUUCGGUGACAUGGUUAAUGUUACCGACAGUUAUGUUUCAAGACUGUAACAAAAACCCCUAAGAUGCAGUGCGGGAGUCUAUGUGAUACACAGUUAUACACUGUAUACCUACUAGGAAAAUACACAGUGACAUCGCUGUGUGCUUAUGAAUUGGAAAGUAUGGUCAGAAGUUUACUCUGCAUUAUGCACUUUAGACCCUGCAGGUAAUUUAGUGAAAUAAUGCUGAUAUUGUGUGAAUGGUGGUUGGUGAUGUGUGCACGAGCCGGUGUGCCAGUGAACUUUUUGCUGCUGCUGCAUGUGUAUUGGGUUCAGUAGUUGCUGGAGUGCUCUGCAUGUAAAAACAAGGAAGCCAGAUAGAUUGCUUUCAUGAGUGGACUUGUUCUUCUACUGUUGCUACUGUUGUUAUCCCUGAAAUGACAUGUGCGUCUUAUAUCAUACUUUUCUCAUGAUAAACCACUAUAAAUAAACCACUCUUCUUAUUCUUGGUCUUCAAGGUUAACACCCCACAACUGUUGCAGCCGUGAAACAUCAUGAUAACAACGUUGUUAUACUUAUGGAAAAUGUGUUAAUUAAAAAGAAGAGCAGGUCAAUACUAGGACUGCACCACAUAGAAAAACAAAGCUAAUAUUGCAAUAUUAUUCUUUUCGGCAGUAUACUGUACUGUAAAAUGUAUAGGGGAGGGUGGGGUAAGUUGAGCCAAAGGUGAAGUUGAACCACCCUCUGUUGCUUGGUAAAUGGUCAAAGAAAUUGAUCAUGUGACCAAAUAUUUCAGAGAUGGGCAUCAAUUCAUGGAGUCUGUGAAGGUUAGAAGCACAUGGUUGAAGUGGUUAGACAUUUAUUUCCAAAAAAACAUUUUUCACUCUUGAAAGUGAAUUUAGUCUGUCAUAAGUUUUAUUAGAAUUGUGUUCAGACCAAAAAAAGAUCCUUUAAAUUUGUUUUAUACAUCAAUUGUUGUAUCUAUGAGCUACAACAUGAGGUCAAAAACCUAGUAUAAAAGUCCACCAUUUUAGCUCAGAGGACUAAUAAAGUCAUAAUAGUAGUUCUGGGGUAAAUGGAGUCGGUGGCUCAUUGAGAAAGUAAAAAAGUCUGAUGAGAGGAUCAGAGUUUCAGUUCAGAUUGUUGAAAUGUGUUACUUUGUCUUUUCUAAAAUACAGCUGUGAAUGUUCUGAAUCACUUAAAGACAUUCUCAUGUUAAAAUGACUUUUUACAAAACAGCUUUUUAACAGUUAUAUGUAAUAAUAACAAAAGAAUUAUUGUACCAGUUGAGUAGAAUAUAAUAGAUAAAAAUACACAUGAAUAUGAAGAAGUGACUGUUAUUUAGGGAGAGAGAAGGUGAGGGAGGGCUGGGGUGGAGAUUGAGGGGGGUAGUAGAGAUACAGCUCAACUUACCCGCUCCUAUGUUCAACUUACCCCAUACAUGGGAGACCACUUUUUUUUGGCAUGUUAUAUUAUCAAGACAGUUAAUGUUUGCACUCAUUCUGUUGGUUUGCAGGGAUGCACAUCUUGAAAUAUAUGCAGAUACACUAGUUAGAGACAAAACUAUGAUUGCCUUGAUGUAGUGAUCCGAAAUAUGAAAAAUGGCUCAUCUUACCCCACUCUCCCCUACCAGGUAAAUGCAGGGUAUUUUAAGUGUUUGGCAACUAUUUAAAAUUUCAAAAGCACAGUAAUACUAUUUGUAAAUUGGGUCUUUAAGUCUGAAUAAAUCAGAUCUCCCUCUUCACAUUUUAACAACCUCCUGACAGUAGCUCUGGCACUUGCACAGAGAAGUGGAGACACAAGAGGAGUGACGCACUGCAACAUAAACUGUAGCUACUAAUUAACACAAUCAACUAACCUGCACGUAAAUAAUAAUCUCUGCGAUUGAAAAUAUAUAUGUUUCUCCAAACUCAUCAUCCUCUCCCUCAGAUGAUUAUCACUUCACUGUGAUGUACAUGCACUGCUGGUGUAGAUGCUCAAAGUAAACACUCUGUGGUACUGUAGCGACUAAGUCUAAAAUUUAAAGCCACUGAGGGGCUGCAUAGACGGGCUAAACAUGAUUGACUGGCUUGCUGUGCACUGUUUCGGAUUGUUUUGGGAAAUAAAACAUCCGUCUUCUUCUGCAAUUUUAUGAAUUAUUUAUUGCUCACCAUUAUGGUCUUCAUGAGAAGUCAAAGAAUUAGUGUUCACCAAAAUCCAUAAAUUCGGCAAAAACAAUAAAAUUCACAAGAUUUCACCCGACCUGGCAUGCUGGCGUUGGGUGAAAAAAAUAAUAAAUAAACAAAUUUGUACUUCACGGUCUAGGAACACCUGCUACCUGUCCCUACCUAAGUAGGCGUGUGAUCCAAGACACAAAGGUGACCCCUAGUGGACAACUUAUUGUCAUACACACAUAUACUGAUAUCUUAGAGUGGCCCUUACAGGUACCCGUAGUGUAGCAGUCAGUGCGUAAUCCAGCGACACUCACAAGCACCAACAUGAGCUGUGGACAACACUGUCUUUCAAUCCAUCUGGUUUUAUCAAGUGUUUUCCAGGUAUCUAAGGUGACAGCAGAGCGCAACAAGUGUGCACUUUCUUCAGAUAUUAUCUGCAUCGUGGUCAUUUUCUCUAUGAGUAUAAAUGAGGGGCUGAAUUGUAGUGAUGUCAGGUAGAUUUUCAUUGACAAAUCCUCGACAACAGGGCAGCGGAGAGAGUGUGACAUCUUUCAGGUUAUAUGACUGACAUCGUGGCCCCUACCAUUUGACAAUCGCACACAUGCACAUUGCAAUAGAUAGCUUUCAAGUCAUGCCUACAAAGCUGUGUAAAUAGUAGCACCCACAACUUAAUAUCAUUUGAAAAGCAGCUAAACUAAAACAGAGUUUGUUUGUUUUUUGAGCUGCAUGUCAUGAAUAGCUUCUCUGUAGGUGGCCCAGAUUAGGGAAUUCCAACCUUUUUGACGGUACUGAAUCUACAGCAUCUGACGGUCUGGUGGGAUGGGGGUAUCAGUACACAAUAUGUGGUAAUUCUCUACUAAUAUCAUGCUAAGAUAUAUAAAAAACAGUUAAAGCUUGACACAAUCCAUCAGUGUGAGCCUUGAGCCAGCUUGGGAGUGGUGAAACCAAAUUUUACGAAGGUGUUGUCAUAUUGAAUAUCCUCACUGUCCAUGGGUCCAUUUCCAGCAGCCCCAGUAUAUAAAAAAAUAAUUUAAAAAAAACACUUCUUAUUGUUGUUUAUCUCUUCAAGAUUUAUCAUUACUAGCUAACAAAAAAAAAAUAUAUAAUAUAAACUUUAAAUGAACUUAAUUUUGCAGUUUAAAGAAAUAAAGUGUAAGGCUUUUUUAUAAUCCCCAUACUCGGUUAAAAUUAGGUGUAUCUUUAUAAUUUUAAGUAAAAGUUGAAAAAAGGGGAAAACAGCAAAUGAUUGCAGCCUUUUGAAUCUACUGUGGUACUUUUCUAUUCUUGUGAAUUUUGUAAAUGACCGAUGGAGCGAAAUCAUCUUUCUGAAGGUCCCACCUUAAUACACAGCGGAGCAGAAAAAGUGUUUCAUCAAAUACACACAGCUCAUAGUGUGUUUGUCCUACUCGAUCACUCACUCUCUGUCUGUUUAUCUAUCACACACCAACUCAAACACACCCAUGCACACACACAAAUACAAACACUCACACACAAACACACACAUAAAUCCCCCCGGUGAGCCUUUUACUCCAGAGGUUGGAUCUGGUCUGAACCAAACUGUAAUAUAAUAUGCUUAGUCAUCAGAAUAGCAAAACAGCAACAGCAUCUGCGUGCACACACUCUAACCCUAGCCCUGACACACACAUUAACAGACACACACACACACACACACACACACACACACAGAGCGAAAUCCAAAUAAGAGCUUGCCAUCCAAAUCUGCAAAUGCAGUUAGACAACCCCCUCCCCCGUCAUCUUACCCCCCAAUGCCAAAUCCAGACAGUGGUGCCUGUUCGUUUCCAUGACAACAGCCUGAAAGUAUUAUAUCAUCAGUGAGGAGGGAGCAGGGCAGAAUUUUACACGCAUGCACACACACUCAAACUCAAACACACACACACAUUCCCUCACUGUGUUUUUUGCUCUCACUACGUCAGACACGCACUCACACACACAUACAAACAUACAUAUCCCUGAGUGCCCCCCGUUACAUAAGGCUCCCCAGCUCGCACUGAGGAGAUGUGACAUCAUCACCAUACAUGCAGAGGGUGAGGAGGGUACGUGUCAAAUUUUAGGGGGCAGAGUCAGGUCGUUCGAACCAUCUCAUCAGAGGAAUGUGAUUAAAUUUUUGUGAUGAAAGUAUUGGCCGUUUUUCCCAGAAGUGGACGAAUCAUACUGACUUUCACACAGCAGCCAGUCUGCAGAUUUUUAAGGGAAUGUGUUUGGGAACAACCCCUCUUAACUCUGCAAAUCCCCCACUGCGCUGUGCUGUGCUCUACUGAUGUUGAACAAAGUGUUUGUUUUCUGUAAAAGAGAGAAAAAUCUUCCUUGUAUCAGGAAAUGGGAGUCAUGAGGAUGUAGCAACUUCAAAAAACUCUUCCUGGAGAGGAGUUGAGUGUCCAUCAUCAGAUCUACAUAGCCUCAUGAACUGCAUGGCGGCAAUAUAUGUAAAAAUCGUAACUCUUAACUUUCACUAUCCUAUUGCACGCAAAGACUUUUGUUUUUGAUGACACUGAUCAUAAGAGUUAAAUUUUUGGUAUUUUCCUAUUAGACUUUUAAAUUUGUAUUCAUCUAUGACAUGAUUAGACAAGCUUCAGGUAACAAUGUGUUUACAUUAUGAAUCGCAGAAGUCAGAAAAAUGAAAAUAGAAAAAAACAUUAUUUGGAAAAAAUGAAGAUGGCUGUCAUAGGAUAUUAUUGAGCCCUAAUUUCUAAGGUCUUGAAUAUGAAAAUAAAAAUCAGUGAUCUGCAUUUUUUAACCCAAGUUCGAGACUUUUGGAGGGAAUGAGGAAGCUCUUGUGGACUGUUGUUCUCACAACUUACCUCUUUCAAGUCAAAGAGAUUUUCAAAGUUUCAGGCUUUUCAGGUCAGCUGAUUAUUGCUUUGACUAAACUGGACACUUCUUUUUCACCAUAGUAAGGAAGAGGGAGCAACAAUCAAAUUUUCAUCAGUAUGAGGCAUUCUGCAUGGGAGCUGGCUGAGUGUAGAAUGUGCAGGGAUUAUCACUCGACUGAAUUUAUUGAUAAUCUAUCAAAUGAAUCUAUAAAUGAUGUUCCUGCACCAUGUCCACAGUCAGCUCUCUGUUGAUUUGAGACCACAUUAAUGAUGAACACCUGAAACAUGUACCUCACAUUAGCAGUGCCAGCCCACUAAAGACACUGUGAAGCUUAUUAACUCAUAAAGGCGCCAUUGAAGUCAUUAACGUCCAUGUAGCUGGUUGUCUGUGUGACCUGUGGGAGAAAGUAACAUGCGGUGUCUUUAUUUAAGUCAGUGAGUGGACCUGCUCUGCUUUCAUUCUGUCAUAACGUGCUAUAAGGAGCCAACAUGCUGACAUUACGCGUGCUUUUUUUUCCAUGUACUUGAAAAUGCAGCUGUCAGUGGUUUCUUGAUUUUCAUAGCAUGUUGGCAGCCCUGGGUUAGAAAGCAAUGAAUCGGCGAAUGAAGUGGGGCAAAAGGGGCUUCCUAGUUUAUAUUUAAACAGCAGAGAUUGCAGGAAACCCCCCAAGACUCUCAGGCAUUACUCCACCUUUCACCCCCAUCCCUGUGACGGUUAUAAAUAACAUGGAAGACGGAGGGAGAGUGAGAGCGAGUUCAGAUGAAGAGAGUGGUUUUCCUCUGGGAUUUGUACAGUAGAUGUGUGUGAGAAAGUUUCGGGUCAGAGUUAAUGUAACAGGGACAUAUGCAUGUGAACACCACGCACUCCUCGUCUUCAUUUCCCUCCUUAUAAAUGAACCCACCCACUCUUACAUACAUGAUGAUGAUACCAUACUCUCACUGAGGCUCAAACUCCCUGCCAACAGACGAAAAGUUGCCUCUGAUUGUUUUAAAAGUCGCUUUGGUUUGAUUGUUUAAAAGAAAUAAGUGAUUUUAGUAACAUUUCACCCUGAAUCUUAUUUUUUUGUAUGAAUAAAAGUGAACCUGAGAUCAUCUCUCUGCAGAGACGGUAGGUUCUGCCAGAUUGGGAGCAGCCCACUGGGCAGUAUAUGUGCAGAUAUGAAUCGUGUUCCUGACCUUGAUGUGACUGUAAAAUCUUCACAGGUUGAACAUUAUUUCAUUUUUGCUUUGAUAUAUUUACAACCUAUGGAAAAAGAUUUUGCUUGUGUUGGUGAGUUUUGCAGAAAAUGUCAUGAAAGUUGAGAAACUGCUCAAAGAUGAAGCUUGUCUCUAAACGCGGAUUCCUCAUUCUGGUGAAAUCUCUUUAUUUUUAAACAUUUUGUACCAUUUACACUCUGAAAGCUGCUAUCUUAUUUAAGCAGGUAUGUUUGGGCUGCUGCUGUCCGGAGCAACAAGCAGUGCUGAGCACCUCCUUCAUUUGUGCUCGUCCCAGAUUCUCGUAUAAAUUAAUCAAACUGCUCCCGUUUUUAGUUUAGUUGUUUUAGACCUGGAUGAAACUCAAAAAGGACAGAGAUUUGAGGCUUGAGGUCUGCAAUUCAGACAUUUCAGGACAACUGAAGAGAAUUCAUCUUAUUCAUGAAUCCCUUUUUAUUGUUUUUGAAAGCAAGGUUUGAAUGAAUCACCCAGAUCCAGGUAUUAGACAGAAUCAUAAAGGCCCUGAGCCCACGAUAAGAGAUUCAGCCAUUAGAAAAGUCCUUUGGCUGUGUGAUAGCUGUUCAAUGUCGUGAGUCCUCAGGAUCCAUGGGUAGUUAUCUGAGUGGGUGCCUGGGAAAUGACUGUUCCUUCAUAGUUGCUCAGUGACUGUAUUGAGCUGUGAGCAGCAGAGUAGCACAGCCAGCGAUGGUUCGAGCUGCUUUACUCAACUAUUACUGAAGCCGUGGUGUUGAGUUCUGGGGCUUUUAAGAGGUGACUGUUUGUUGAGAGGUGUGAAGUGUAAUUCUCACAAAACAGAGGGGGGCUCAAUGAGAAAUGUGACUCCAUUGCUGGACAGAACAGUAUUUUUUAGUUGGGCUAUCACCGCGCCUUUAAAUGUAGCAAUAAAAAAAAAAAACAUGGGUAGAUUUCAGAGGAGAAAUUCCCCCUCAUUUUAUAAAUUAAAUUAGGAUAAUCCUGAUGUUUGGAAACAAAGGAAUCUAAUCCGGCUCAAAAAGUUUGAUCCAGAUCAAAACCAAAACAGGAUUAAAUAAUGUAAUCUGGUUUGAGAAUACUUUUUUGUAUCCUUUUAAACCACAUGAUUUUACAGAUUUGACCCAAUCCAGUCAGUUUGUUUAAUGACAACGUGGAGGUGCAGGUAACAUGAUUCAGAGCUUUGUUUUUAGUGAGACAAAUGAGAAGACAGUGAGUUUAAAGAUAGCCCACACAGUCUAGCACAACACACUGAUAUUACAAAUAAUGCAGGAGGAAGCCAGGAAGAGCAAAUAAGACUCUGUAGAGGAUGUAAUAAGAGGCCAGAGAGAUUUGGCAGAAAUGCAACAACACGGCAGCUAGCGUGAUACGCUUGUGCAUCUGAAAGGUUCAGUGGAGCAUAAAGGAGAUGCAAAGGAGCCGCAGAGCUCCGGCACGAGGAAAACAAGCCAAACAGAAGUCAUGCUCAGAUCGACUCACAGCCCCCUCAGCGGCUCACUUUGGCUCCUUCCAAAUUGCCUGCUAAAUUAGACUGGCAUGGGAUGAUGCAGGCGGGCGAGCACGCGGGCAGUCAGGAGAGUGAAGCAGACCGAAGCAGAAUGUGUCCCCUGGCACGCUGCAGCCUGAUUACUGAUUGAUACAUUGACUUCUGCUGAUUGAACAGAGCCAAGACCAACACGGGGACUGAGAUGACUGCAGAAAAAAAGAAACAGUCAAAGUCUUGCUGCCUAUUGUGUGUGCAUGUGUGUGUGCAUGUGUGGCUGGCACAUGUGCUUGUGUCGCACUCCAUCUGCUUGUUCAGUGGUGGUGUGUGUGUGCGGAUGUACUACAGCCAGCCGGGCUUUGUAGGGUCAGAGUACCCUCAGCAGCUGUUGAAGGUUCAUCCCAGUGACCUCGCUUACAACUGCACUAAUUACCCCACCGAAAAUUACAUCACUUCUUCUUUCUUUCUUUGUUUCCUCGUGUGAACUCAGUCAGUGCUCUUGCAGAGGAAGACGUUUGCAAAUAUGAUCAGCUAUUAUUAACCCUGUGAGCGCCACAGUGAAGUCAGAUGAUCCUACUCAUAAUGGUAGGCAGUUCAUAUGUGCAGGAGGUAGAUACAGCAUAAAAACAGUUCAAACAGACCCUCCUCCUCCACUGUGUUAAUCUUCUAUAGGGAUGGGUAUUGAUAACAUUUUAUUGAUACCAAUGCCGUUAUCAAUUCCGCUUAUUGAUCCAAUUAUUUAUUUACUCCCUAAUCAAUUCCUCCUGUGAAUUUUUCUAUGUACAAAACGUAGGCUGUACAGGUUUUCUGUGUAAACAACAUUUUAUUGAGUUUAUAAGUUAAUAAAUAUGAAAUCGAACACUGUAUCCUAGAUCUCCGGACGUGACUAAAUAUAUCAGUACAAAGUUUAAAUUAUUAGUUUUCUCAUGAAGGAUCCUUGAUCUUUCAGGGCUGAUAUUAUCUCAAGCUGACGAAAAGACCCUCUCAGAUGGGGUUGAAGAUGCACGAACACGCAUAUAGGAAGCCGAAAGUGCUCAGAGCAAGGGCAGGUAGCAAAUGUACUUGGUCCACCAUUUAUAUCAUGUAAAAUGGAUCAAACGACUCAAAAUUUGUGCAGCAUUUGUUUCAUCUACCUCAAAUAACAUUACAGAAUCUAUCAUUGAAAACACUGUGCUCAUAUUAACAGGACAGAAAAAAACAAAACUUAACCUCGUCAGCUUUGCUCUACAGCGAAGUUGCAGUGGCUGCACUGGUUUGGAGUUUGUCGAACUCUUGGUAUUUAACAUAUGCCGGUGGUGUUUGCCACCCUUGCAUGAUAUUACAGCAUUGCACAAAUUGCACUUUGUGUUUUUAGUGUCCUUUUUGUUCAAAUGAAGCCAAGCUUUCGAUUACUUCGAUCUCUCCGCCAUUGUCUUGGAAAUUCUGCUGCUGACUGACAAGCCCGACUGACUUGUGGCACUUUAUGUGAUGUUGAUGUGAGGUCCAGCCGCUCCGGCGUAUUGUGAAGAACUGACAAGGGAAUCGUUAAGCAUCAAGGCUAAUGAUGUCGAUGAGUCGAACCAUUCCUAGUCGAUUCUUAAACGGAACCGGUUAUGGGUCCCUAAUCUUCAAGUUUUCAUCAGACACCUUAACAAUAUUAAAAUAUCAGGAUGAUUUUCAAAAUAAAACACUCCACCCGGAUGAUCGAUUUUCCCUUGAUUGAUUUCUCACAUUUCUCAGACUAACCUGUCUGACUAAUGAGGUUGGGGAUUGAUUAUUAUCUUGCGUGUGUACACCUCAUUCAUAUGUCAGACUUUGGCUUGAAAGUUGAACAACAUAAAUUAGCCAGUUAGGAAAUGAAACUUCAACAGACAAAGUGACGUGAAAAAGAUGAAGCUGUCAUAUAGAAUGUGUGAAAGGUACAGAGCUGUAAAGUUGUGUGCUUUAUGUACAACCUGUUAGUGACUUGUUAUCCCGAUUGUCGAGGGGCCGGGGUAUGUAAUGUAACAGGUCAACUGGGAGAUGGUCCAUUAUUAAGACGCUGAUGGGGGCACAUAGCCACCUUGCAUAACAGAGGUGGGCGUACUUUUGUUAAAAUCAGUUCUGAAUUGAUCAUCAUUUGUCGUCAUGUUUUUAAAAAGGUUGGGAUUUAAAAAUCUUUUGGUGUCUGCCAGGAUCUACCUGUUUACAGUUAUUAGAUUUUUAAUAUAGAAGCUUACCAGUAAACACACAGUAUGCUACACUGCUGAGAAGGCAGGCCUUGCUUGCUUUCUCCUUUCGUCAAUCAAAGAGGUUGAGUCAGUGUAUCUGUUCACUGAAAUCCAUUUUCAGUCAGACUGUUCUCAGACUGACUGAGUAAAACAUCUGAUUGCGUGAGCUGUCACAUUCAGGUAUUAUCUUUGACUAGUUCCUCCUCUCAUCUGUCCUACACGCCCUCACUGCUCCCUACAUACAGCAGAGCACAUGCUUUUUUUUUUCCUAUCCCCAAACAUCAUGCAUAAUGCACCGUACCUCUGCCUGCACUCUGUAUGUCGUACAUCAAACGUCAACGCUAAUGGCAAAUACACGGCGACGGCGCAGCGGCUGCAUCUGAGGAGUGACUCCCCUCAGGUUGAAAGUAGCAGUCUAUUAUUUUGCCCACCUCUCCAAUCUGCCACUGAAUCACUCUCUGCUUCAAGGAGACUUUCUCUCUGUUGCUAUGGAGUUUGUCUUCGGAGGGAAACAUAAUUUACCAGCAACCAGGCACGAGUGCUGAUAUUAAUGAAAUGAGAGAUGUGAGUGUGUGUGUUUAGGCAUGCUGGUAUUUCAAUUUUACUGAAUAGAAACAUUUGAAACCAUGUGUGAAAUAUGUUUCAAUCUCAUCUCCAUCAGAUGCGAUGUCCAGUUUGAAAAGCUUUUUUUGUUUUCACUCACAUAUUAAGACGUUCCCAUUCAAACAGACUGACUGUGGCAGAAGCUGCAGAGUUUCUGUUUGCUCUGUAAAGUCCUCCGUCUUGGUUUAGUGAGUCUAAAAAUGUGUGGAAUAAAUUGUCCUUGGUGUGUUUUUUUCUUGACGUAAGGUAUCUCCUGGCAAUGUAUGUCCUUUGUUGUGCCUGAAAGCGCCCUCCCUUUGCCUGGUUGUCUUGAAUUAAAAUGUGUUUGAAUAGGCGGGUGAGUCACACCUGAAAAGCAGUUGUGUAAGUAGUGACCCAGCAGGCACAGCGAAAAGGAAAGUGAUAUUCUGUUGGCUACAUAAUGUGCAUGCGUCACUUGAAGACAAAAUAAGCAUUGACAGGAAAAAGCACCAGGGAAUGAAAGAUUUUUUUCAUACCUUGAACCCUUGAAGGUGAAGUGACUUCCUAAGCCAGCAUAGAUGAAAAUGACUGUACUCUUUUUUUUUUUACACAUGUAGGUCUGAUGAUGUAGCUCUUGAAGUUUUCUGGACAUUUUCUGGGGCUCUCACGUCCAAAUUUCCCUUAUAGAGGGAAGGUUAGUGUUCAGGGAGGAGGAGCUAGGAGUGGACAUGGAUAGCAUACUGCAUAAGUGACAAUUCAAUGUUCUGAACAUGAUGGAUGAAGCAACAGAGAUCUACAGUCUGAUCCUACAUGUUGCCUGAGUCUUAAGUAGAGCUGAGCGAUAAACCAAAAAUUUACUGACACCGAAAUUUACGACAAUAACUGAUGUCAUUUUGCCCAUAUCGGUAUAUUUGGUGUCAAUAAAUAAAUAAAUAAGUUGGUUUUGGAUGUGUGUAGGUAGGCUAUGGUCUUAUGUUCCUUUAAGAUGCUGUCCUACGUCAGAGACGUGACUCCACCCCAUCCGGUCUGUAACAAAGAGGGAAAGACAGGUGAGGAGAUGGAGGACUGUUCAAAAGUUGUAGCGGCUGAAGUAGACAAAGUUAAUGUGGAGGGGGUGAGCAGCUUGUGAAGUAGUUAUCGUCCAUUUAUCGUUAUCGAGGUGAACUGCUCAAUAUAUCAAGAUAUUGAUUUGAGGCCAUAUCGCCCAGCCCUAGUCUUAAGGAUGUAAGUCCCCCCUUGGAAUAAGGUCUGGUUACAAUUCAUUUCAAGACUGAGUCAUUAAAGUGAAGUUUAAUGUUCAGUUUGGUUCAGUUUUGUGUAAACCGAUGAUUGGUGAUUAGGGGAUGACAGGAAAAUCCCUGGUAAAGUUUGGGUAAAAAUUCUCUCUGUGUUUACACAUGCAGAAAUUUGGGGAAGAGUUUUAGAGAUUUGUGGAGUUUUGUUCACACUUAAAUACAGUUUUUACACUCUCAUAAAAACCUCCUAAUAUGAUUAAAGAGCAAAGUCAGCUUUUUAUUUCAACAGCAGAAUCCUGUCAGUGUUCUUGUUGACGUGCCUCAAACAUGCUGUGUACAGUCGCGACUAUGCAGUGAAAGUGUGAGAGCUCAGUCACUGACUGAUAUCAAAGCUACACACAAAGUCCUGCUCUUACAGCUGUUACUUAUUGCUUUUCCUUCUGUCCUCUUUUAAAAUACUUGACUAGCAGGUGGCUUGAGUUAUGCUCAGUAAAAAAGAUGCUCUUUUACAGAGCUGCGUCUGUGCUGUUUGCAGGAGCACAAUGGUAUUGGUCAAAAGAGAAAACAUUGGCGUCAUGUUGCAAAUCAGUGGUUUCAGAUUAACCAUUGACUACACUCUAUAACAUUUAAAAAAAUCUUAUUUAGCAUGCACAUCUGCCGAAGACACGGUCGUUACUUAACAACAAUAAUUAUGUCACAAAUGCACUUUUUAAACCAUCAUUAACAAUCCUAUGAGAAUGGUGGCCAAAAAGGGAGAACAAUCUACAAUGGCCCAAAUAAUCCUCAGAAGGAGAAACACACCGCAAAUAAAGAAAUGACACAACUUCAAAACACAUAGCAGUCCAAAACAAACCCAAGGGUGUAAAUGUAAAGCGAUAAAGCAAAAGACCUAAAUAACAUCAAACACACCGCUAACACUCAAAUGAUACAAAGCAAAAAUACACAAAGCAGAAAGCAGUUACAGAAUGAAGAAUGAAGUGGAGGAAAAGCAGCAAAUAAGUCAGACUUUUAAACACAAAUAGCAAAGUUUAGAUUCAGCCUGGCUGUUUGAACCAUAUAGCUCCAACCAGUUUGACCUUUGUGCAUGCUCAGUUCGUAGUUCUAAGAUGUCUUUUUUUUAGUCAAGAUUAUAAAAAGGACCUGAAAAGGAAUUCCUCUUAACAGCUGAGACCCGAGCGAGGUUCAACAUCCGAAUGCCCUUGCUGUAAUGGAGAUCCUCUGUUUCUACAGCCAGGGCCUUCUCUGUUUGCAGAACUUCAGCUCUUCAUGCAGCAGGCUUUCUGCAGCAUGUUUUGUCAUUUGAGGAGCAAUGCCAUCACUGAAUUUGGUUUGGAUUUUUUUAUACAUUUUGGAGGUCAUUUUGGUUUUGCAUUUGUAGUGCAUUUCUCCUUAUAAAGAUUGUUUAUUCAUGAGCCUUUGCUCCAUUAUGCCCCAACCUACUUUUUGGUUGCAACAAUAUGUUUUAGAUUUGAGUCAUAGCAACUCAGAAGAAAGUCUCUUUAUGCAAAGUGGACAAAGCCAUCAGGACUCUAAUGGGCAACAGUUUGAAGCCUCUAGUUUGACUUUUUAGCCAAAGUUAUCUUGUUUUCUGUGAAGGUAGACACUGCUACUUAUCUUUCCUGGGAAAUGAGUCACAAUUUGAGCCACUUGUCAACAACGUGCAGCUAUGCCCUACAAACAUACCUCUCCAUUAUCCAGUCAGCUCUAAAGGAACUCUUUACUCACUACAUUACCCAAAAGUAGGAUAUUUAAUUUGAACUUUUUAAUUUCCUUGAGGGAACCUUCCCAAAAAGAUUAAUAAAAUUGUAUCUGAUCUAAUUUAAUCUAUUCCCCGCCUAAAAGAGUCUGAUAUUCAAGAUUUAAAAAUUCUACCAGGAUUUUAUUAUUUAAUUUAAUAUUUUAAUGAACUUUUGUGCACAAAUAGGCAAGAAAAAUUAUGUUUGAGUUCAGAGAAGAAUUACAAUUAUUAAAUCUGCAGGAAGUGUUGAAUAGGCUCUUGUAACUUUGAUGUGUGGUGCAUGAUAUUUAAGCAGCUCAAAGAGUCUGUGUGUGUGUGUGUGUGCGUGCGUAGGUGUGUGUGUGCAAUUGUGUGAAUGCAUAAAGGUUAAGCAUAAAUUGGGACCACUGUGUUUCCUUGUAUUUCCAAAUUGAGAAAACUCUAAAAAGUCUGUGUAUGUGCAUAAUGAAAUUACUGAAGUUUAAGAUGGUUCAGGACUAUAUUAUAUGGAAUUAUGUUAGACAUUAUCUGUGUCAGUGAGGCAGGUGUUUUGUGAGAAAUGACACAGUAGGUUCAUCUGAUGCUGUAUCCCCUCCCGGCACACACAGUGUCAGGUUGGGCGCGGUGAAUCCUGACUGUUUUUUCUUCUCAAUCCCAGCAUCCUCUCCACAGGACUCAGCUGAUGAGCCUCCUGUCUCACCUGAUCAUGCUGAGAGCCAUUCACCUCUCCUGGCUGCUCUCCUGCUGUCCACUUCUACCUGAGUGGACCCUCAUGGACGUGUUCAUACUCGAUAUUUUACUCAGGGUUCAACACCAUUUAACACUAUCCCAGCAACUGACUUUUUGCACAUCUCUGAUCCCUUUGCUUAAAGAAAAAUCACAUUGGUUAUUUUUCAUCAUUCUCCUGAUUGGGAGUGGCCGGGUGACACUGCAGCACCCUCUGUUGACCAGUUGGUACUGUUCAAGAGAAAAAAACAAGAACAUGUGGAUAACUUUUGCCGACAUGUUGCUGGAAAAUAUAGUCACUCUUGGAACAGCCAGGCUUUAAAUUUGUAACAGGAACAUGUUGAAGCAGGAUUAAAAUUUUUGUAGCAUGUGUCUGGUAAAUUUUCUCUAAUUUAGCUGGUUAACGUAGUAAAUGUAAGCUUCAUUAGUUGGUUUAAAACCAUGUCUGUAGGAGCUUCUUAAGUGCUCUCCUGCUGAGAAGCAAUAAAGGGAGAAUUUGAGGAAAAGGCUUCUUGGAUAUGCAUAUUUAUGUGCUGAAGAGGUCCUUCAGUGUAUUGCUGUUUCAGAUAAGGAGCUGCUGAAAUAUAAAAUCCCCCAAAUAAAGGCCAAUAGAGAACUGCUGACGUACGCUUUAACCUUCAUAACAUUCAGGUCUGGCUUUAAGGUGGAGUUAAAACACCACACAGUGGAUGAGUCUUUGUCUAGUGUUUAUGUUUUUUUCUUCUCUUUUUAAAUAACAACAGCUUGAAAGUGAUUUUCUAAUUUUCUUCUCGUUACUUGUCACAGCACACCAAAAACUCGGAUAAAAACUUCCAAUGUGGGCCCGUACUCAUGAAAAAUGAAAAACAGUCACCUUUUCUACCAAAGUCCACAGUCACACUUCAGCAUGUUGAGAAAUCAAAUGUUGACAGUCCUGCUAGAAGCUGCUAAGCUUUGAUUGGUUUGUCAGAAGCAGAUCUAAGUCAGUGAAAUUGUAGCCGUUUAAGUUCUCCUUCAAUUCAGAAGUGGUAUUUUUCUGCAUAUGCUCACAGCAGUGUGAACAUGGUGAACAUGUGUUUCUGAUCCAGACUCAGGGCUGAGUACUGUGAAGAGGAAUCUGUCAGUGUUGAUGUGUAUAAAACAUUGUGUUUACAUCAAGGUUCAGCGAGUUUCUUGAGGGAGUGUGAGUUUCUGCAUCACGUCCACACACGUACCCACUGCCCCUGAUGGGAAAUGAGGCUUCAUGCUCAUUGGAACAGCGAUUAGCAGCAUGAGUUUCAUCUGCAGGCUCUUGGAGACUUCAGGUGUAAAACAGACUCAACACCCUGCUAAUUCAAUUUCCCUCCUUGUGGUUGUCUUUUCACUUAACAAUAGUUACCAGUGUCAGAGAUUUUUGUGUAUAAUUGCCUUUUUCUCAUCUAAAUUUAGCUCUUUUACUGAACAAGAGAGCUGCACGUUCCUCCCCUCACACACCAGCCUGGCAUUUUGGCUGGAUGGAGUUAAAGCAAGCUCACACGGGCUUGUAACAGUAAAUAUUAAACACAUCCAGCUGUCGCUGUGAGAUGGCCGUCUGCUCUGCUGCUAUGUUCCCUCUGUGGCUUUUUACAGGCUGCUCUGCACUGUGUUAAGCUUAAAAACUUUGAGCAGUUCGACAUAGUGCAGAGGAGGACUGCAGCCACUCAAACACACAGCGAUGCUUCGGAUGCAAAUAGGUCACAGAGAAGAGAAACGUUGGGAGAGUGGGAGAGAGCGGUGGGAAAGUAGUAAACUGUUGUGCUCUGGUUUUGUCUCUGGAACAGAUUGUGAAUUUGUUUAUUCUGAAAUAAGACUAAAGGUAGGAGGAAUGAUAAACUACUCCAGGCUCACGCGGUUUAUUCAUUCAUUCUUUCACCCACUCACAGUCAGCCCACCUGCCUCUUCACUGAACAGCAUCAUACACUCUGAAAGAAUCUGUGUGACCUUGAUCUGUGUGGUCCUUUUGUCUAAUCUCAUUAUCUCCUCUCUGUUACUGGGUAAUUAAAAAUCAGAUUUCAAAGUUUGUUUUUGUUUGUUUGUUUCAUUUGUUUUCAUUUGCCAAGUGGAUUAGGUGCCCCACAUAUGUAGGUUGCAGUCCUCGUCUCUCUUCAACUGUCCUGUUCAAUGGGGGCAAAAAUGCCCAAAAUACUGCUUAAAAAAACCCAGAACAACUCUAUUAUUAAAGAUCAGGGUAACUACAAAUUUAACCAAGACAUGUUUGAGGCCAGUAGUUGAACACUUGUGGUGUUGGUCUUCAUGGUUGUUUACAGCCAGGAGUGACCAAAUAUCACACAGAUGAUGGAUUUACAUUGCCUCAUUUUACCUGUGUGGAUCUCUUUGCUCAUUCUUGCAGUUUUUUGGUCUUUUAGGAAAUUCUGGAAACUAUGAGCCAGGGGUUUUCAGCCCUGAGGAUGAUAGUGUUAGUGAGAAUCAGGACCCCACCUGCUCCUUGAGGUGGUGAAAUGUUGCAGGUAUCAGCCAAUCCACUAAACCGCCUAAAUGAACUAAACCGCCUAACAGCCAUGGUUUUAUUUUUAAUUAUUCAAAAAGAAGAUAAUGAUUUGUCAUUUUCAUGCAGGAUUAGAGUCUUAGAUUUAGACUUGCAUGCUUUGAAAUACAUUUUGAUGUCUUCAUUUUUUUCUUAUUUACGCAAUAAUAGAUAAAAUGUGAAAAUUUAAAAGUUAAGAGAAAACAUUUCCUUUUUUUCAGAAGGGUCCCAACCCCAACCCCUACAGUUUCAGUUAUGGUGCAAUGCAUUUACAUCAGAAGUCGGAAGUCUGAGCUGGGAAUUACGUCACACCCGAGUUAUCAGUGUUUCAGUUACAAAGUCGGAAAAAAGUAGUGUGUGUGUGUUUUCUAACGCAAAAACAACAACAACAACAUCAUUGGUCAUCCUCUCUAUAACCUAUAAAGGAUCAGGUUGCAUUUCAGCACAAACUGUCACCAACACUUGGUUAAUGGACGCCCAUUAAGAGUCAUUAACUGAUUACCGUUUUAACCGUCGGUAAAAAAACAUUUAGAAAAUUAAUAAUUUGUGCCUUGUCCAUAAUCCAGAGGUCAUUCACCACAUUGUAGGCUACUAUUUAUAACCCUUCUCGGCAUAAACAGGUCACUGAAAAAACAUAAAUGAAAAAAACACCGGCUGAAAGUACCAGGCUACAGUUGGCCGUUGUUAGCACAGCCUGCUUUGUAGUUCACAUAUACACAUGAAAAAUGUAAAUGACACUAUGACAGCAUUUCCAUAUAAAUCUAACAAUACUAUUGUAUACAGCUGAUUUAUUGUAACAACACAUAAUAAAAAGUGUUAAUGAAAGGAUUAUUACAGGGGCUUCUACUUACUGUUUACUACUGGCUCCGCCAUCUUUACAUGUCAACUGGGGGGUUCUGUGGAUCGUCCGACUUUCUAGGUGCUCAUUCCAGUUGAAAGUUCCAACUGGGAGCUUGAAAAUCCUGAUUUCCGAGUACAACUGGAACGCACCAUUACAGUUGUAUUCAGUACAUUGUAAGUUGAGUCAGACAACUCAUGUUGAUGCUUGAGCAGUGUAGUGCAGCUCCAGCAGAACAUGAUCUGUGUUUGGGGUUUGGGUUCUGACUUCAUCACUCCUAAAAAUAAUGAAUGAUGAGAAGCUGAAAAUGAGAGCACAGCACACUAGCAUGGCAGGGCAACGGCAGGAAGAGGCAGAUCUGAAAAUUUGCAGCUUAAACCGAGAGCCCAAUUUGAAGUGUGUUUGUCAUGUGAUUGUGAGAAUGACGCAUGUCAAGCGUGAAAUCAGUGCAGCUCGAGUAAAGUGCUUGAACUAGCUCAUGGGCUUUGGUCCACUGACUAGGGCCAGGUCUUUUUCCGUCAGCUUCAGUUCCCCUGUACCCUUUGUUAAAAUUUCUGCAAUAUGGACGCUACUCUAAGUCUGCAUCAGGCUCGUUUGUACACAUAGGAAUGCAUUUCACACUUAUUUUUCAUGCGUUGGGCAGUAAUCAUCACGACUCUCUCGCUAGUAGCUGAUGAAUUUUAAGUAUUUCUUAGGUAAUCUUUCAGACAUUUGUUUUCAAACUCUCACUUUGUACAACUUCACAGUGUUCAAGAAUUGCAUCCAUCGGCCUGUCUUUGCGCAACAUGAAACAAGGUUAAGUUCUACAUUUAGACAUGAACCUCGGGUAACCAAGAAAACACGCAACAUUUGCAUUGUUCCCUCUAAAGAAACCAGACUCCACUUAUCGAGAAAAGGGAUGUUUGUCCAGAACACAGGUCGUUUGUCCUUGCUGCCUCUAUCAUUUAGGUUUUUUUGUGUUUUGGGUAUCAUUUUGUUCACAAAAUCACCCACAAAAACAAAAAUAAAGCCGCACUGGAACAGAUAGUUCUGUUUCUGCAAAGUUAAGUUCUGGCCUUGUGAAUUUGUUGAGAAAUUGGCUGUGUCAAGCUCUUAAAAAAAUGGAUGGUAUCUUAAUAAAAAAGUCUUUCUCUGCAGAGAUCUUCGUAGUAAAGUUGUGAAACAUGUAGAAUUACAAUAUGAACUUGACAGUGGCUAAAACAAAUCUUUUUAGUGGAGGUAAGCCAGCUGACAGUGUUGAAAUACGUAGUACCCAGGUUUAUAACAUAAGAACCUCCCUCAGAGAGCUAAAAAUUAUAUUCAACGUGCAGGUAAAUCAUCUAACUCUCACUCUGAUUUUGCCGUUAAUUGCACCACAUGCUUGCAGUCAUGAGCCAAACUCUCUACCUGAUGCCUGGUUGGCCUUUCCCAGGAAACAAGUAGGUGCUGAAAUACGUAACAGAUGUUGGCAGUGGCCUGUGAAUGUGCUCCUGAUUAGUGUGGGAGGAAACGAUGACAGGGGUGACUGGAAGCUUGUGGGGUGUGAGGCAAAGGUUCCUCAACACACUCUGGCAGCCAGGCCUUUGUCACCGGUCCCUGCAGUAUAGAGGGGACUGAGGGGCCGUGAGAGGGGAGGAAAUCAAGAAGCAUUGCAGAGAGGGUAGAAUAACUCAGGCCACCAUUCAAACCAAGCUUCCUCUUUCUCAUCUCGUCCUUCACACUCCCUCUGCCAACUUUCCACUCUUCUGUCUCUGUCUUUCACACUCAAUCGGUUGCUUUUUGUUGUUCUUCGCUUUUGUCCUAAUACUGUAAAGACACCGUGCAAAGACAAGGAGUUUGCAGAGUGCAGCUAAACUCACGCCACCUUCCUUUCUCCUUUGCUCUCCAUCCCUCUUGCCUUACCCUAAAUAUGCCUGGCUCUAUUUUUAAAAUGGUCUCACUCCUCUUUGCCCUCCCUUUGUCCUAAGCUUGUGCUCCCUUUUUCCAUUUCCCUUUUCUCUUCUCGUCGCUCUCUCAGGAAGGAGGCUUGCUCAUACACAGUCCUUGGCAGGGCACAGAAACACUUUCACACACACUUGGGCAAAGAUCUCUCUGGGCACAGCUCCUCAGUGCUCAUGGGUUCAAUGGUUUUCUGUGCUCAGAUGGUUCACCUUCCUGCUGGGCAUUUGAAAUAUGUUACCUGUACCACACUCAUUUACACACACGAGAACUCCUAAUAAGCUCUUCUGACGGAGUCUUUCUGUGUCUUGCAGCUCUGCAUGAGUUCCCCACAGACCUGUUCACCCACAAGGAGAGAACAGAGGGAGCAGUGGCCCUGCACGUCCUGUGUGUAAGUUACAUUUCCUUACAUAUCUCAACAUUCAUCCAGGACUGUGUUAAAGUUUCAAAUGCACUUUUUUCAGGGAUGUGCACUUGUAGCUGACUUAAUAAAAUGUUAGUUGUCUUGCUAAUCUGCACCAGAGUUACAAGUCGGUUAACCUUAUCAAGAUGAUUUGUCCCUGCCCUGAAAAGCCAGUUAUGUAUUGCAUCUAAUCUGUUGAUCAGUCACUUACCUCCAUCUGAGGUUGUAGUUUUGGCCCAAGGCUACUGCCGUAUACUACAAAGUUCCACUACCUGGAUGUAAACAAGCACAGCUGGCAUCUUAAAGUGGGGCAAACAUGAAGAUUAAGUAAGUAGGCUGUAGCUGUUUAUAAACUCAAACAUAACCAGGAAUGUAGAUGCUGGUGGAGCUAGCUCUGCUCGUGAUAGCCACAUAGUAGUCCAGGGUUUUGUAUGGAAGUUUUGACUUAGUGUAGCGUGGACUAACUGAGUUAGAAGUACGUAAAAAAACACUCCACACGACUCGAAAAACCCUCAAAAUUUACUAUGCGUGACUCUGCCCUACGUAGCAGUGUCCUCUUUUUGGGAAUCCACAAUAUGGUCAACCUAACUUACCAAACAAAUUGAACAUUGUUUACUGACAGACACUGAGUGUAGAGAUUGAUUGUGUGUUUAUGACAUUUUGAAAUAGUCAGCAUCACAUCCAUUUUUGCACUCAUGAGGCUGAUGCCACCAUUCCCCUUUGUAAAUAAAAGCACAUUUUUCACAUCCCAAAUGGCUGCAUUUCAAAUCUUAAACAGUUACUUGCUAGUGCUUUUUUAAUUUAUAUACUAGAGAUAGAGAUUAAUAUAGUUCAGAACUGCUCCUGACUGAUAGAUCAGUCAUCGCCUGAAAUCCUGGACAAAAAUCCAAAAGAUCCUCAUAUCUAUUUUAUAAAAUAAAUAUUCAAGACCAGCACUUUUGUUUCUCAUCAGUUCAUAUUAUUGAAUUGUUGUAUUUUAUCAAUAUUCAAACAACAACAAUAACAACAACAACAUGGUAUUGGCACUGGCCAUUGACAAGGUGAUAGCAGUUGGCCAGCAGUUCCAUAUUUGGUCAUGUUAAAACGAUUGUACUCAAGUAUGAUGGUUUUCUGAGUGUGCUCUUACCUUUCGUUAGACAUGGCUGAUCAUUUGGAACUUACAUUUCCAUUUGAACAAAUUAAGGCUUUGGUUGCUUGGGUUAAGCCAUUUUGACUCCAUUGUAGGGGCUCACUGGUCAAAACUUAAAUAUCCUGUUUUGUUGAAGAACAGAAAUCUCUGCCUGGCCUCCAGCUUCUGUCUGUGACUGCUACAACACCUGGUUACACCUGGUUUCCACUUAUGAAUGUGCACUGUGUCCAUAGAUCUGAUGAUGCCUCUAGCACCUGACACAAAGGAGUUCACUUCAUUACAGAUAGAGAAACUAUUAAAAACUGACUGUUUUUAAGGAGAGGCAGUUUUUGUUUGUUUCAUUACACAGGCCUUAUCAAGUAUGUUGUCGUUUUGAUUCUGGUUUCUGUUAUCUAUCAAGCAGUUUCAACUAUGACAGAAGGACGGUCACAAAAUUACAUUCUCAUUCCCUGAGAAAAACACAUGUUGGUCCAAACUGUAAUUUGAUUGGUUGGCAGAGGCACAGAAACAUAAAAUGCUAAUUUUAGUCUUAACAAACACUCAUUAAGGUGAUUACUGACUUCACUCAUCCCCCACUGGAGCCACUAAAGGCUUUAUUCAACUUUUUCAAAACCGCAGUAAAAACUUCCUGUCAGCUUUCAACAGACUUUGAUGUGAAAUCUCAGUGAAGUUUUCCCUGUAAGCCACAUCAAUCACAUCACAAAUAUCCAAUAAGUCAAACCAAAACAUAUCACACAGCAACAAAAACUCUCUUAUCACCUGUCAUGUUUGGUUAAAUUAAGUUAUGGGCCAAUUACCUGCAGGCCACCAAAGACAGAAUCAACACAUUGUGCCAUUUUAAGUAAAUUCAAACUCUUUUUCAAACUUUUUAAGGUCACACAAAGUUUCAUCUAAAAAAUGCUGUAUAUUAGUGCAUGUUAAAAGUCUUUUAUUUUAGAUCCAGAACUUAUUUCCAAGUAAUGUAACAUAAAGAAACAUUAGCUGAAUGAUGUUCAUUAUGUCUUCAGUUUCUUAGAAAUAAUUUUCUUUUUUUUUCUUCUUUAUUUUAGAUUUUUUAAGUAAUCUUUUUCACAUAUCUAGACAUGUUUUGGCCGGAACUUCGGCCUUCCUCUGAAGUGUCACUUGGUGGUAGAUGUGACACGUCAUAUCAGCUGCUGUUACGGAGGGGUGACCCUCCUGUCAAUUUUUUUGAUAUGAUGUGUCACAUCUACCACCAAGUGACACUUCAGAGGAGGGCCGAAGUUCCCGCCAAAACAUGUCUAGAUAUGUGAAAAAGAUAAAAUGUCUGAGACAAUGUAAAGAAACAUUCUUUGGAGGCAUUAAUCACAAGUCAUUUGGGAAGGAUUUGAGCAGAUGCUAUCGUAUUUGUCCCAUGUUGUUUUACACAAAAAUCUUGGGCUCAAUUACCUCCAGGUUUUAUGAAUAUUUUAAAAAAGGCUGUAGAGACUUUUAGCAUGGAAAGCUAAAAUAUGUUUUUAACCAAAAUCCCAGUCUCAAAAUAAUCAGAACACUAAAAAAGAAGUUGGAUAAAGACCAAAUUUGAUAGUUUACAAGUGAUUCAAGUCCAUCUUUUAGUUCAAGGUAAUAUGAAGAAAAAACAUCUUAUCUUAAAUGUUAAAAAUAGCAGUUCCUUUGUUUUCUAAAAAAUUACAUGCAUAGUUUGAAUUUGGUGUCGCAGAGAGGGUAUCCUGACCGUUGUGGUGAACCUUCUCUUCUUUUAAAUGAAACUAUGUAAAUGUUGAGGAACCAAAGAGACCAUUUUCUGGUGUUUGAAGUUGAUGUAUUGUCCUGCUCUUACCUGAUAAAGACUUCAGCUGCUCAGCAGUUUAGGUUCUCCCUUGAUAUGUUUUCUAUUUAUGAUGCGCCAAAUGUUUUCCAUGGGUGACAGUUUGGCAACCAGACUUUUCUACUGCAGAGCCAUCAUGUUGUAACGUACACCAAGUGUGGUUUAGUAUUGCCUUGCUGCAUUAUACAAGGUCCUCCCUAAAAAGUCAUUGUCUGGAUGGCAACAUAUGUAGUUUCAAAACCUGUAUAUAUUACUCAGUAUUACUGGUGCCAACCCCAGAUGUGAAAGCUACAGAUGCCAUGGGCACUUAUAGUAUGAUCCCCAUAUCGUCACUGACUGUGCUUUGAUAACAAGCUGGGUGGUCUCACUGCUCCUUGGUGUGGAGGACGUGGUGUCAAAGGUUUCCAAAAAGAGAGUAAAACCUUGAUUCAUCAUUCCACGGGACAAUUUUCACUUUGUCUAAGUCAAUCUAAAAUUGAUGGAAGUCACUGCAUUUCUGGAUCAUAUUGAUUUAGUUUCCUCUUUGCAUGGUGCAUUUUAACCUACGUGUGUGGUUAUGGUGAGAAAUUGUAUGAACCAACAGUAGCUUUUGGAGGUGAUUUUGAGCUCAUGCAGUGCAUUCAACUACAGUCGUGUCUUUUUAGUUAUGUCAGAGAUUCUAAAGGCCAUGGCCAUCCAGCAUUGGUUUUGAGAUUGCACCAGAUUCUAUGAACUUCAGAUUUCACUAAGCAUCCAAGAUUCCUGGGAGUUGGCAUUGUUCAGUCACAGACGGCUGCAAGAGAUGCACUCCGAUUACAGACUAAUUAGGAAGGAAAUUAUAUCAUUGUGCAAAAAGAAGUUUAGUUAAUUUGGCCUCUACUUGUAAAUAAGAAAAGGACCAAGAGUGGUUGAGAAAGGUUUAGGCAGGAGAGAUUACAGUUGCAAAAACGAGGUUAUGGCACAUAAGUAGCUUUGUAGUCAGUGGAAAACUGAGUGAAAUGUUACAGUGGAGGAACCCUCUCAAGCUGAGCAGCACCCCUAACAUCAAAUCCACCAUAACAACCCAACACGUAUCAUUACACACUGUUACUUAUUUGAUGUCACUGUUGGUCCUGGGUUGACAAUACAUGUUAUCAUCCACCUAUUCCUUCAUCACUUUCCAUGUCAGACAUUUGGAGGCUAUAACCUAUCCUAGCCAUCAUGUGGAGAAUUGAUGUACAUCUUAAACUGUAAUACUGUUUACACAAAGUUGAGACAAGUGCAUCAUGUUUCAGAUAUAUUUCUCUAUGCCCAGAGAAAGAGCUCAAUCUAUAGCCUUUUCCAGUGCUCUCUACUGUUUCAUCUUCACUCAUAUGUUCAUCAAACGCAGGGCCAGUCCCAGUGGUCUCUUUAGAGUGGCUCAGCAUGGGUCAGUAUAUGAGGUCAAAGCUAUGAUGGAGUCCCUCUCCGAUCACUCGUGUUUCAAUGUUACGGUGUAGGCAGAAUGUUCUUGUACAUGAUGACCACAUGACGACCCAUGUUGUGAUGUUCAGUUGCUUAUAGUCUCUGGAGGGUUAGCUGUUAUGGAGUUUCAUGCCAGCAGAGGUGCAUCUCCGGAGAACUGAACUGAGCACAUACGCAGAACUAAUAACUACGGAGUGGAGCUUGAUGACAGGAUAUAUCUGACAUUACAGCCAAUGUCACUACUCACACUGCACCCGCCCUGUGAGUUAGCCUUUUCAUGAAGCAGAAGAGCAAAUGAAAGUAACCUUUACUGAGAUGCUGGUGUAUUUAAAAAAAAAAGAGAAAAAUAGGGUUUAUCAUCAGAAGCUAUUUUUCUAGUGACAUCUAACCUUUAAAUUCAAAGUACUUCAUGUCCUUUUGUAGUAGGUGUUACUAACCUUGACUUCAUAGAGAGGACAGCUUGAUGUGAAUUUCUAGGAGGACGGUCAGAGCUGAAGUGUACUGCAUACUUAUAAUACGGUUGUAAUUUUUAACUUUUCUAUUUUUGGUAAAUGAGAAUCAGAAUUCAGAUGCCGGAGGUAAAAGCCUGUCACUGUGUCUGCAGCUAUUUGAACUGUGACAUGCCUUGUAGCCGCUGAAAUUUCCCUAAACAGAUUUUCAAAAAUAAAUCAGGAAAGGAGCCAGGGAACAGGAUGAAUGGGAGUAUGAGGGUCUCUUAUCAUGCUCAGAAUAAAACGCUGCAUGCCAAGCUGCUUUGUCGAGUGCUCUUCAACAAGGGAUCUGACUGCUGCAGCUAUCAGCUGGAAAUGAAAUUAUUGUUGAUUUAUCUUGGGUUAAAUUUAUUCUUUGACUGAGAAACAAUAGACCUUAAAGCAGCUCUUUUUGGACACAUUAGCCAGAGGCUGAGUCCUUAUCACAGCAGCAGCAGCUUUGAUUUAAACUCUUGCCUUAAUGACUGCAGAUUAUUCACCCUCUCUUUGCAAGGGUAUGCAAAAAAUUGCAAAUAAUCUUUAUCUUUGAAUCAGAGCUGUCCGUGUUAAUGCGUUGAACAUAAUGCAAUUAAGGUGCAAAUCAAUGUGUUAAUUUUUGUUUGUAUUGUGUUUUUUUCUGUCCCUUUCAGCACAUUACUUUUAGCUUCAUCUGCUGCUGCAGUGAUGCAUAAUAGUGACACUACUGUGAAAAACGUCCAGACAGCUCAGCUCACAAGUCAGAAGUAAUUAGCAUUUUCUAUUUAGCAAAAGCCAUGUUUACAUGUGCAAAAUUUAUUGAUCUGAUUAAAAAUUUGAGGGACAAUACAUAGUUGUGGGAGUGUGAGAGGCAUGGCAUGUGAAAACGCAACAGAAUCACUCUCAUACACACACACAAACAUACAGCACUACACUUUGCCUCCAUCUAACCCCCAUUAUACUAAUGUACUACCCCUGAGUGAGAACCAGAGGUGGAUUGACGUCACCCCACCAGUAUGAAUCGGUCUGUUGAACGUUGCAUUAACAGGAGUGUAAAUAUCCCGCCUUGAAAUCGUCCAAAAGUAAGCAUUAAAAGAAAGCAACCAGAGUGGAACUCCUGAAAACUGUAAAUGUCUUAACAUUAGCAGGGGGGAAAUGGACAUCAGUGAGCAAUCUAAAUAAUCACAGAAUAACUGCGUAAUGUGUUUACUCUAGAUAUUUUGUUAAUGUGUUACCGUCAUCCUGUAUCAAGAACAGGUGAAGUACUGCAGCCUUUAUUUCAAACUAAUAAACCUGAUAGCUUUUCAGAAUCUCUGAACUGCUUUACAUGCAUUUGAAUGUUUGUGCAGACAUCCCUAAUCUUAAAAUCCCACUGGUAUAUUCCAUACAAACUUCAUUCUGCUGCUUCUCCUACACUGCCAACAUUUUCCUCCGUAUUUGACCAUGAAAACACAUUUAGCCUAACAGAUUUCUUCAUCUGCCCUGUAAAAGGCACCUUUUCUGAAUCAGCAGCAUGGUGUGGUAGCUUGCUGAUACAAUAAAGAUAAGAUAGGAAAGAUACAGGUACACAGGGGCCACUGGCAUCAGUGAAAGGGACCGUAUGAGUUGGGUGGAUGUACAUGAAAAAGGCAAAUAAAGCCUGAUACAAAUAAAUACAGCAGAAAGCAGUGCACCACCUCAGCAGGAGGUCGAAGUUUUGAUCUUCAAAUGAGGCUCCUCAUGUUUUUUCCCCCACAAAUGUUGACGCAUCCAGAUUGUUAUCCAAAGAAAGCUGCUCAAAUCCAUCUGGAAAUGCAAGUGACUAACAGAGUGUUGUUCAGCUGAAAAAGCUCCCGGAUGAUUACAGGAAGGUCCACUCACAGGUUUUUUUUUUUUUUUUUUUUUGAGCUUUCAUCAGAUCACUCAGUCUUUCGCUUGUUUUGGUUCACAGUUGUAGAUUUAAACACCGGAUUAGAUCAUACCGUCUCUCUUUGUAUUAUCCUAUGACUCUGCUGUCAGCCAGGGAUUGUCAUUGAUUAUAUGUUUUAUCUGAUCUCGGAUUAAGAUAGAGACACAGAAAACUGUGUUACAUUUUUUUUUUUCUGUUUGAAUUUUCAGAUGACAGUGAUUCUCUUCACAGCUGUCCUGCUGCACAAGCUCUCCAACUAAACAGGUUUCUGUGCAUAUCAGAGACGUCUCUUUUUUAAGGUGCCACCACAUAAUCCGUACUAAUGAUCGGCUUUUUGCCUUGUCAAAGGUGGUUCUUAGGUUGUGGACUGUGUUGCAAAAAGCUGCAGACCGUAUAAAAUGGUCUGCAGGUGUCAUUUAUCGGUUUGAAAAGAUGGGGGUCACUACAUUGGAAAUGCUGACUUGAACCAACUUCCAACCGAUAUAAAAUCUGGUUUAGAGGUGAAUUAUCACUAUGGUCCUGCUGCUUUUACAGCUACUAUAGGCUACUAAUCUGCCUGAUUAUGCACAUAUCUUAUUUUUGGUAUAUUUAGAGUGUGGAGAAUAGUUCAUGAACUAAACUUUUCUGGUGCUUUCUUCAGGGUUUGGGGUUGAAUGUCUUGCCCAAGGACACUUCAGCAUGUGGACAGUAGGACCUGGAAUUGAACUCCUGGCCUUCCAGUUAAGAGACAACUGACUCUAUUGAUCAAAAUUUGUCUUAAAUCAGAAAAACAGUCCCACAGAGUACCUCACUACAGAAAUGGGUUCUCACUUGUGUGUCCCUUUAGGACGCCUCAGAAAGCUGUUAUUUCAUGUUAUGCUGUGAGUACACAUUAAACAUUGUGGGGUUUUACUCAAGAUAUUUCCCCAAACCUUUUAUAUGAUCACAUUAAACUCCUGUAUAAGGGUUCUCUGCUUGAUCAUAGUCCUUUUCUGCACACAUUCACAAACACUGAAAAUGUGUGGGCUCACUCUUAAUAAUAAAAUUAUAAUGCAUCCGGUUUUUUGAAGCGCUUUUUAUCAGUGACCUCAAAGCACUUUACAUUGGAUACAUCAUUCAUUCAUUCAUUCAUUCACACAGUCACACCCUGGUGGUGGUAAACUACCUUGGUUGUCACAGCUGUUCUGGGGCAGACUGACGGAAACGUGGCUGCCAAUUCGUGCCUCCGGCCUCUCCGACCCCUCUAACCACCACCAAACAUCACUCACAAUCACACAACAAUCAUCUCAUGCAGGUGUUUGUUAGUUCAGGUCCAUCUUACCUGCUCUUAGGAGAAGCAAACAGAAAAACUCCAGGAACUAGAAAAAUGUGACUCACUCCUGAGAACAAAAGAAGAAACAAUAUUCAUUCUUCAUGUCAUUCUUGAUCGUUAGCAGGUACUGAAAGGCCUGUUAUUACAAAGUACAAAAAUAUUCAUGCUGUCCUUUGUUCACACAUUGUCAGACAAUUUGUAGCGGCUACCUGACAUUUUCUCUCUGGAUCACUGGAUCAUCUCAGUCUGUCUCAUAUUCUGUCUGUGCUCUGUUUAUAAUAUUAAAUGGUACAAGGAGUGCACACAUGAGGGGGGAACUCACUGGGGUUGGAUUUCUGCUGCUAACUGCACCAAGAUUAAUUUUUUGUCUUAUCGUGACUAAGAUGAGCUGUAAGCAUGCCUUCAAGCUGUUCAGAGCUGCACUGUGCACUCUCAUCCUGAUAGCCCAUUCUUUCCACACAUAGGGCCUGAUCUACUAAGAUGCAAAAUAGCGAGUGCUAAAUUGCGUGUGCACACUAAAAAAUCUAUUAACAUCGCAUGCGCAAUUGAUAGCGGGAGCAAAAGUGGUGUGGACUGCCCUCUUAAAACAAGGAUUUUGCGUGCGCUAUCGGCUGUCACCAUGGAGAAUUUGUGAGAGCAGAGUGUUUGAAGCCACGGAGUUGCACAUAUUGUUUUAGGGAACUACAUAAAGGGCAAGGCAAGUUUAUUUGUGCAGCUCCAUUCAUACUCAAGGCAAUUCAAAGUGCUUUACAGAUACAAGAAGGUAUACUAGAAAUCAAAAAGGGAAUUAAAACGAUUUUAAAUCAAUAAGACAAACAGAUAAUUUUUUCUUCUGUUUCGUGUUUGUAUUAUUAUUUAUGAAAAACGUCAUUUACUGGAAGAACAAAAUAAAUGACAAGCUUUUGGAUAAGGAUCAUGGCGUGUAUCAUGGCACUUCUGCAUCCUUCUCCCCACAAUGACCGUGUGUAAUGCUGCUCCAGUUUGCACGUGUCUUUCAAGUGUGCUAAAUACAGACGCAAAACGUCGACUGCAACUGGUUUCCAGGUUUGAUAGAUCACACUGCAGGUGCUAAAUGAUUAUAUUUGCAUCUGCUCCUCCCAGAAUUUUGCGUGGUCUAAUGACCUACAUACAUUCUGCAUAUUCAUCAAGGCAAACACGCUAAAUCGAUUGCUCACACAGUUUUGCUCACUUGACAGACGCAAUCCACGGUGCACCCGGUUAGUAGAUCAAGUUUCCAGAGAAAAUGUGAUGUCAAAAUGAUAUCAAAAUUUAUAGACAUAUUUAUUUUUUCUGAGACAUCAGGGGGAGGAAUUGUCUUUGUCACCGGAGAGUUUGAGCAUGACCUAAUACUUAAGUGCAGUUAACACUUCAAUUCAGCAGAAAAUUGAACUCCAGUAAGUUAUUUGCAUUGAGAUUUAUCCGCAUGGAUAGGGGCAUAUUUUCUUCAAAUAAAUGAACAAUGGCUAAUGAACAUGUAUGCAAGCACAAUGAUGCUAUACGCUCUGCCAAAUACUUAAUACAUGCUUCAUAAAUUAGACAACGUCUCCAUCUCAUUUAUACAUAAUUAGCAGGUGCAAAAGCCAUACAGUCUUUGUAAUGCCACAAACAACUGCAAAAUAGCAGCAUACCAUUAACAGUCUUUAUUACAAACUGUUCAAGGGACAUUUGGAUCAGGUUUAUCGUGGAUUCCCCCAAGGAUCAGUACUAAGACCACUGUGGUUCAUGUGUGUAUGAUAUUUAUCUGAAAAAUAUAUUAUUCUGUAGAUUGUAUUAUUUUAAGGCUACUAUAAGGAGACUUUGGGCUUAUUUUUGACAUUUUUGUGAUGGUAGAGCCAAUUAGAUAAAGCCGUUUAACUUUUUCCUGAAAUAUGCUUUUGUUUUGUUUUGUUUUGUUUUCUGUCUAAAUAUAAUAUCAGUUAUUUUGAAAAAUAUAUGCACAACUCUAGCCCAAAUGUUGUGAAAUAGUCUAAUGAACCAGAAUAAAUCUUAUUAUUCUUUUAAUGUGUGAGCCUAUGGUAUCACCUCAGGUCAUGGUUCAUGCUGCCUUUUCCAGUUAAGACAGUUUAGCUCAUUAGGGAAAUGAAAAUACCCAACCUCCCCUUCUGGGCUUUCGUUAUGCCAGGAAGUUUAGAAAGUGAAAACCAGCUCCUCUGUUUUAAAAUGUAAGCAGUGUGGUCCCACAGUCAUGUUAUUCAUGAAUAUUUGAUGUCUUUUCUCGUUAAUGUGCUGCUCUGCAUUUGCAUGGAUCAGACCUCUGUAUCUUUAGCCUUCAAUUACUCGCUUACUGCUUCAUUUUUCAUGGUAAUUAAAUCUAAAUUUAAUGUAGCAGUUUGAGCACAGAGAUGUUCCCCGCCCCAGAUACUGACAGAGAUUUGUUUAAAAUGAAGAAUAAAAGGCAUGUGAGAACAUGGAGGGUGGUAGACUUCCCCACGUGUUUCUGCUGGAAUUGAAAAUGUUAACCGAUAAAUAAUGUCGACAGAUGGCUGAUCUUUAUUACUGUUGUUGUUUGGACUUUUCACCCCAUGGUAUUGUUUGUAUAAACCACAUCAGGCAACAUGCUCACACUUCACUGAUCUCUGUAAUAUUCAUCUCUCUCUCUCUCUCUCUCUCUCUCUCUCCACAGACCGUUUACAUGUUUUGUGCCCUGGCACUCGUCUGUGAUGACUACUUCGUCCCCUCCCUGGAGAAAUUGUGUGAGGUAUGAUUGUGGACAUUUUAGGUCCAAAAAGCUGUUCUUAAAUAUUUCUUUAUCAUAUUGCACAUUGAUUAGGACAUGCAACAACUUAAGUCUAUCACUUUUCAAGAGCAUGGACUCACAAACAUGUCCUUGCACUCAAUGCCCUUGCUUGUGCUUUAAUUUGCUCCACUUGUGUUCAGUCUUUUGCACGUGCAGGUUUAUUUCAGUCCACCCUCAGCACCUCUCCAUGGACUCUGCUGCUUCUGUUUCCUUGUACAACACCAGUUUACUAAUUUCUACUCUGAUGAAAAAAAAACUGAAAAUCCUAACCCUAACUUUAAUUUUCCCCCGUUAACCCUGAAGUAGGGCUGCUUAAUGAUGCAAAAAUCAUAAUCUACAUUUUUUUUUUUUGCAUUGAUGUUGGGAUCAUGAUUAUCAAAAACAGUUACCCAUGAUGUGAAACCUGCACUUCAUGGUAAAUACCAGAUCAACAGUUUUUUGUCUGAUUUAGUUGGACUGUGUGUGUCAUGCUGGGACUGAUCUUCUUUUAUGACCACUCUGGACUCCCUUAUUUUAGCUGGUGCUGCCUCUUCAAAUAUCAACUCUACAUUUGUCUUUAUCUACUCUCUUGCAGCGUCUCAAUCUCAGCGAGGACGUAGCAGGCGCCACCUUCAUGGCCGCUGGCAGCUCCGCCCCUGAGCUCUUCACAUCUGUCAUAGGUAUUCAUUACAACCACCUGUUACACUGCCUUCUCACUUCAGUUUAACCUUAACUCUCACUGCAGUACUGUAGCUGCAGCUGGAAGAAGCACACACGCCUAUUGACUCAGGAGUAAUCCCAGCGUUUUUAAUUUACUGUUGAUUUCUGACUCAACCCAGAGCCUUCAUUUCCGAUAGGUUAUGAGAACCACACUUUUGUUAGCAGCUCUGAUUGUUGAGUGGGACAAAAGGCCUGAAGAGAAAGGUGUGUGAAAUCAUGCACUCAGGAUUUAGGGCUGCACAAAAAACAGAUUUUAUUAAUCUGACACUAAUAGGCCUACACAAUAUAUACAAAAGAAAAUGCAAUAAUGUUGUUCAGUGUUGCGAUGUUUGCUAGAAUCUCUCAGUAUCUUUUGUCGUUCUGCCGUUCUCAUCAGUUACAUGUUACUUGCAUGUGUUUGCAACAUGUUUUUCCUGAAUCCAGCAGGCACCCAAAUAACAUUUUUUUUUAAUUAUUAUUAUUAAAGUUUAAUCUUGAGGCCAAAUUUCCUUGAAUUUUCACUUUCUGUUUUCUUCCUUUUCUGUAUUUUUCUCAUGUUUUGUUGUGUGAAAUUUAGGACAUUUCAAAGAUCUAUGUAAACCCUGUAAACAUGAGUUAAUUGUUCACUUUACCUCAUUUGGUCUCUUUGUUUGUGUCAUUAUGUGGCUUUGGUGGUUGGAAGAGUUGACUUUGAUUUAACACAGCUUUUGUGCGACACAGCAAUUGAGGAAAAUUACCGACUGAGGCACCAAAACACCACAACUCUUGUGUUCUGCAAAGUUGAAUCACUGUUUUUGUCUGGAGGCGUUAGAUGACAGGAAAUAACAGCUGUUUCUGGUUUCUUAGAAAGGAUGUUGCUCCUUUACAAAAAGUUGUAUCUCCCUAGGGAUCCUUAUUUCACAUUUUUAGACACUUAAAAUAACAAUUUGAACAUGUCAGUGGCAAAAUCAGCACUUCCAGCAGCUAUUUGGUGUUUUUUUUAGGCCCAUAGAGCCAUUAGGGUGUACUGAAGCAUUUUGUAGCUACUGCAACACAGUAUUUACUUCUCUGGCAUUCACAUCCCAAAGUGUAUCUUAAGUAAGGCUCAUGUCUUAGACUACUGGUAUUCCCUUUUAAUAGUUUGAUGCUUCAGAAUAAUGUUGUAAUCCCAAGGCAGGCUGCGUAAACAAACAUGGCUUUCAAUAUACAGAAUCGCAUUAGAAUCCCAUUAAAGUCAUCUUAUGUAAUAAGCUCCACAGAAUUACUGAUGAGGAGGAAAGGCCAUGUGUUUCCUCUUUGAUCAACACAACUCUCAGUAUAAUACAUCUGUCCAGAAUAACAGUAUGAGGAGCAAUCACUUCAAAGGCAGGCCGUCACGUUACAUGACUUUGUUCUUUAUAUAGAGAUCUAAUUAUACAUACAGACGGGGCCUGGAGAUUCAACUCUCUUCUGGUUUGUUAAGAAAAAUCAAAGCAUCUUGAGUUUUUUUUCAUCUCUUCAAAAAGAUUUCAUCUCUUUCUUUUUCAGUCUGUAUGUGUGUGUGUGUGUGUUAUGUAGAGUUUUUUUUGUUUUUUUCUUUUGGUGUUUUGACACUCAUAUACGACAUGUUAGUAAGAAAUUUCAACCAGAACAGUGAAGUUACCUGAACUCUUUGUACGACUCAUAGAACGGUGUGUUCCUCCACAGGGGUGUUCAUCACAAAAGGUGACGUGGGUGUGGGCACCAUCGUGGGUUCAGCUGUCUUCAACAUCCUCUGCAUCAUCGGUGUGUGUGGCUUCUUCGCCGGACAGGUAUGAUGUCAUCACAGCGUCACAGUUAAGCUGCAUCUGAGUGCAAAGAUGACUCGGUGGCAUUUUCAUGAAUUACAACAAAACAGAUUGAUAUUGUCAACAAGUCUAAGCCACCUAGACACAACAUUUUAUGAGAUUUUGUAAGGAAUGUUCAACCACACACACACAGAUCUUAUCAGGGCUACUUUUUAUUUGUUAAGGUGUCCAAUACAAGCUGAACCUGACAGUUACAUGAACUUUUCAUACAUUUUUGGAAAAAAAUUACAAGCCUUUAAACUAUAAAAAAGCGUUAACUCUGUUAAUGUUAUUUUCAUAAAAUAUUGUGAAGGGAACAUCUCUGUUCUCAGUAUUGUGAUAAGGUUUUUUGUUCUGUAUCGAGGAUUAUAUUUUUCUAGGAAAGAUCACAAAUGUAAAUGCAGGUCUUGUCUAGUAUGUGCUGGUUUGAGCUCCCCAUCUCCAAAAAUUUCUGCAUGUCUUACUGAACUUUGCUCCCUUCAUUUCGUAUCAUUUUUCAGUUGUUCUUCUGUCUAAUAAAGGUGAAAUGCUCAGAUUAAAAAGUAGAUGACUAAAGACGAUUGAAUUUCCCUUCAGGGAUAAAAUAAAGUUAUUUUUAUUCUUAUUAAUCACUUGAGAAAGGUUCUCUUUGAAGCUCCUUAACUGACACAGGAUGUCUGAUGAGGGAGCUGAGAGCUGAGCUGCCACUUACUGUAUACCCCUGACAUCAUUUUCUGUCUACAAUUCCCACAUCUUUGAAACUAUAACCAGAGUCCACUUUGAUGUAAAUCCUUUUUUAAAUAAAGUGCUUACUUGUGUGUGCUUCUAUCUUUUCAUACUUAAGAAAAAAUGAAACACAAACAUACCAUCAGUUUUUGCAUGCAUGUCCAUGUUAUUGGCUGCACUAAAAUACAGUGUGAACGAUGUGGCUCUUUUAUUGCAUGAACGUAUUUCUUGCUCUCUAAGGUGUAACUGCAUCUUUGAAAAUUAUUUAAACAAAAGGUAUGGUCUGGACCUGCUCUUUUUGUAACGCAUUAGAGUUUAGGAUAAGACAUGUAAUCAUCCACAUCCCUGAAUGUGAGAAAAGCCUGAAGAAAAGUUUCUAUUUUUUUCUAUUUAUUUAUUUUUCAACAUGGGAACAGUAAAUAUUGAUAAACAUUUACAUGUAAAUAUGUGGGAUUAUAGCCAAAUGGCUAAUUUCCAUCCCCAGUCCCAUUGGCAGGUUGAUGUUAAACAUAAAAGCAAUAAUGUUAAAAGUACAAACAACAUGACUAAGACAGUAGAACAAUGCACUGACAACAUACACACAAUAUACAUAAACAACAUACAUAGACCAAAAACUAAGUGACCAAUAGUAAAAGGACCAAAAAGAUUCAAGGAGAAUUGUGAAGUGCUAAAGUGCUAAUCAGAGUGUCAUGUGCUAAAGGUGUUAAAAGUGCCAUUUGCUACAGUACAGCUUGAUAAACUGACGAGUGCAUAAGUGCGAAAUUACAUUGAAUUGCACGAUGCAUGGUACAGUGCAAGACUGGAUUGAAUAAAGUUAAACUCCUUUUAAAAACUUUCCAUUCUGAUGUUUUUUUGUUUGUUUGUUUGUUUGUUUGUUUGUUUGAGUGUUGGUAUCUUUUAUAUUUCUGUGUGCUCGUGCUGGUUAACCAGCCACAUGUGCAAAACAUCCCAACAUCCUAUCAGUUUGAACACAAAGAUAAUUCGUAUCUCAUUUCUGCUUUGCAUCCUCCCUGUUUUGUUUUGCAUGAGAUAAGGAGAUAACAACACAGCGCAGCCUCUCUCUGAUGCUAUCUGACAUGCCAGGGACAUGGAAAUGAGCAGAGUACAAGGAUAAGCUCUCUGCUCUGAAAAAUAUAUGCACUGGACUCCAAAAGCAGUGAUGCAAUCCCAGAUUGUGUGUUACGUAAUCAUAGUGAGAUAAUGAAGGAGAAGGGCAGGCGGUGUACCAGGGCUUGCAGGGAUGGGGUGCAGCAAAAUCAUCUCCAGUUCUGGCAGUUGCACCUCAGUAAUGUUUGUUAGCUUUGGCCGGUGUUUCAAAGCAGAUCUCCUCUACAAAGAACUUUUGUACAGUAUAACAGAGUACAAGCAAACAUUGCACAGCCUUGUUGUGCUCUAACUUUGCCAUCUGCCUCACAGCAGCAAACGUUUUCCCAUCAGGGAGUGGCACUUUCAAGAUGUGACUUCUGACCCUCCACUUAUGUAUAUGCAGCGUGAUGCUGUGUGGGAGAGAGUGUUGCGUUGUUAGUCACUGCAUUGUGCACUCCUCCUGCAUUGCAUCUGAUUACAUAAAGUCAAUAAACACGCUGCACCUUUUUCUACGUAGGAUGCUACCUUUUCAGUGACUGUGAUUCAAGAGGUCAACUCUCGAGCUCCUGUGUUUACAUCAGUAUGUUAAUGAUGUCAGAGGCGUUUCUGCAGCACAGCUCUGCACAGAUUCCAGGAAGAAGAUGUGUUUCUGGAAGAGUGUAUGAACUCAAGCUACAUGCGUCUUUUAGUGAGUGUUCUUAUCUCCCUUUUCUGUUUUCCUUGCAGGCGGUGAAGCUUUCUCACUGGGCUCUACUCCGAGAUUCAAUAUAUUACACGUUUUCUAUCAUAGCACUCAUUGCGGUAAGCGGUCACAUGCAAAUACACAGUCCACAUGCUCGAGUCUUGUUAUUUUAAAUGUAUGUAGGGGUACUCUGACUGAAUAUAAUGUGUAUAAGGCCAGUUUGAAAGUGCAGCUUUGGUAUCAAUACCCAAUUUGCACUUUCUACCUCAGCAGUAUUGCACAGGUUGUAGAAAGUCAAUACUGCACAUCCACACUGAAUUCUUUUUUUAAUCUCUUUUCAACCGCUGCAAGUUUCCACUUAGUCUUUGUUUGGAUGUUUGAAACAUGUUGGAUAUGUAGAGAAUGCACUGCUUUGAGAAGCAACGCUUUAAAUUCUGAAUACUAGAUGCAAAAUAAAAAAGCGUGUUUCAAUAGUGAAAGUGAAGACUAUUGCUCCAUUAUGCAUUGCAAUUCUGUUACAACACAAAGAGUCAAACCCCAAAGCAAUCAGAAAUGAAAUUCUCUCAAACUGAAACAUUCAUAGAUUGUUUGUAUGCAUUGAAUUACUGAAAAUACAGAGCACAGUAUUCCUCACAUGAUAAAGGGUGUCCAGAUAUGUCAAAUGUUGCAAACAGAGUCAAGUAAAAUAUCUGUAUAUUCCUAAUACUAUAUUUUAAAAUAUAUAGGCUGGAUUAUUACCAAAUCUGCGUCAUAUCAUAACUUUUUUAUCAUUGACGCAUAAAAAUACUGAGCUGGCUUCAUUAACGUAACUUGUGUGGUAUUCAAUAUACAGCAUCAUUGAUAUCGUAAGAAGAUAAAAUACCCUAUUUCCAUUUUUCAAGGAUUUCAAAGUGGCGCCAUACUUGAGGUCAGAUAAGCUCUUGAAUAUGCUCUUUAUGCUCAAAAGGUUCUUGCACAUUUUACUUCUGCUUGUUGACUGUUUUUAAGGCAAAGAUGUUACUUUCUAUCAGCAUAAUUGCUAAAACACAUUAGUUUCCGUUGGCUAAAUUGAUGUGCUUAACAACACCGAUAUUUUAUCAGAUAUUGAGGGCAUCAAAUCUACACUGAUAAAAACAUGAGCAGUAGUGAAAAUUGUAACAGUGUCAAAAGUUACGACUUUUGUCGCAUUCAAUUUUGACAAAGAUGUGUCAGCCACAAAGCUCCCAGAAGAAGGAGGCUAUUGUCUCAGCUCAUCAUCUUUGUAAGGAUGAGUCGGAGACUGUAACUAGUAGAGGACACCGGAUAUAAACUUAAAGAAUUCAGAAUGCAAACAAAAGGUAAAAUGACCAGAAAAAGGAGGAACACAAGUAGAAUUAAACAAAUAUAUUCAAAGUAGAGCAUAUCUUCAGAAUUUUAGCAGCUUUUAUUUACAGGAGUGAGGUACAGUUUUAAGGUAAAGCUUUGUAUUUUUUUAAAGGCACAGAGAGAGGGUUUGGUUCUUUGAACUUUACAUAUAUGAAUAUAGAACUUUGUUGACAAUACAACCAGCUUACGUAUGUUGAACCAAUUUCUGGAUAUUAACUUUUGUUUCAAUGCUAAAAGUGAAUAACUCACAUCAGUGGAUAUCAUAGUUUCCACCAAUACGGUGCAGCCAAUAAGAUGACGCACCAACAUCCUAAACAUGUCAGCUGUAUGGAUAUAUUCUGAAUUGUCAGAAAGCUAUUUACAAAGCUUGUGAAGCACAGGUCAUGGUGGGAGGAGUAAAGAAACACUCCUUUAAAUCUUGUGAUUUAACUUUGCAUCUCAAGAAAAAUCAUCAAUCAACAACGGAAGUUUCUGAAAAGUAAAAAUGAGAAAGCAGCAGCGCCAGCCUUUUCUUAAGUUAAUUAACAAAGCUGAGAAAUACAGCAGAGACAAAAUUUCUGAAUGUCAAUCUUUAAAAAGGAACAUGUUGAUAAUUUAUGGUAUUAGAUCAGUUCCAAUUUGACAGUAUUGACAUUUUAAAUGUAGAAAAAAAUCCUGCAUCUCUUUUAGUUAGUUGUGCACCACCAUGAAGCACUGUAUCUUCCAGGUUAGAGUGAAGUCUUCAUGUAUAUCUUCUGCCUCUGCCUUUCUUUAGCUCUCCUAUCGAUUCAACGGCAAAAUCUCAAAAGUAAAUCCUGAAGAAACCCUGCUCUUUUGUAUCAUUUUUGCAAAACUGACAACUCAUUGGCCCUUUCACACUCAUGAGGAUUACAGUAAAACCUUAUGAGUAAAAAAACCUGCUCACAAGUGCCUUUCAGCUUUUUAAAUUAGGUAUAACAAACCAAGAUGUCAUGUUUUGCUCUUUUCCAUUGUGUCUGAGCUCUGGAUUGGUCAUGCCCCCUAGUGGAAGAGAUGUUGUAAUGCAGAAUUUAUUAAAAUUUGAUUUUUUUUCCUUCACCUAAUACAUGUGUCCUCUUUGUCUUGCCUUUGCAGUUCAUCUAUGAUGAGAAGGUGUGCUGGUGUGUACAGAUUUUUUUCUGUUACAGCUUUAUUAAAUUAAUAAAUCUAACCGGUAUUGCCUGCAGAUUUUCAAAAUAUUUCUGUGUAUGAUUGUCCGCAGGUGGGAGUCUCUUGUCCUGAUUCUCAUGUAUGCCGUCUACAUCCUCAUAAUGAAGUAAGUAUCAGAAACAUAUGCCCAACUACAGGUAGCUGAAUUGCCACAAUUAAAAAGUGUUUGCUUCCGUCUUCUUCAUUUGCCUUCUGCAGGUUUAAUGGCAGGGCUCAGCGCUACUUUGACCGUCGAAAGAAGAACUCAAUGAAUCUCGCCAACGGGCUGACAGGAAGCACCGAUCUGGAGGACAACGUCACGUGUGACGCUACUGCAGUCCUGCUUAAGAAAGGUAACACACUUUACUGUCUUUUUAUAUCGCAGGAUUUGUCCUCUAACAGGACUCUGGAGGUCUUUGCUGCUCACCCCGGCACACUGAAAUUUACAUAAACAUAAAACCUCUAUUUUUGUCUAGCUUCAGUAUAGGACACUCAAGGGGAUAUGAUCAACAAAGUUCUUCACAUUUUGUGUUUACUAUCAAAGCUGGGGUGUGCUGUCUGUUUGGAUUUGUGUACAUUGUGAGGCAGCCACAAACAGAUCACAGAUUUCCUUGUUGGCUGAACAAAAACUUCAUGAUUUAGGACCUACACACUUAUUAAUUACACAGUCCCAGCAUACUUGGGGACAAACAACGCUCCUUCUCUUAUCAGAUCAAGCACUCUUUAAAAGACCCUUUGACUGCCAACCCAGUGGUUCUCAAGUCCAGUCCUGGAGCCCCCCCCCCCUCCAUGUUUUGGAUGUUUCCCUGCUCCAACACACGUGAUUCAAAUGAUCAGCUCGUUAUCAAGCCAUUACAGAGCUUAAUAACGAGCUGAUCAUUUGAAUCAGUUGUGUUGGAGCAGGGAAACAUCCAAAACAUGCAGGACAGUGGGCCUCGAGGACUGGACUUGAGAACCACUGUGCUAACCUAUGUAGCUUCAAGUUUCCCUCUCCCUGCCCACCAACUGUUAACUUUAAAAAAGUUGGACAGCAUGACUGCUCCACAAAAGUGAUGCCAAAUGAUUUACAGCUCUCUCUUUAGUCUCUUGACUGGCUGCUUUAGGUCAUUAGCUGACCUCCUCCAUGUGAAGAGAUGGGACAUGGGUCAAAAUGUCAAAUCAGGCUGAUGUUGUGCUCCUGUCUGUUGCAGCCCACCCACUGUUAGACUUGAAUAAUAAUGGUGCAAAUGCUCUCUAUCUGGCAUGACUCCUGUUCUCAAAACCAAGAACAAUGUUUGCAAUGUAUUGUAAGAUCACUUCCACCACUUUAUAACUGCCAAAAAGGAUGACCAAUAGAGAUUUAGUUGGACACAAAAGUAAACAAUCUACACAGCAGUCAGAGAAACAUGUUUGUGUUUUUUCUCUCCAGCCAACUUCCACUGUAAGCCAUCAGUGCUGAUGGUGGACGAGCUGCUGUCUGCAUAUCCCCACCAGCUGACUUUCUCUGAGGCCGGCAUGAGGAUCAUGAUCACAAGCCAUUUCUCCCCCAGAACUCGCCUCACCAUGGCCUCCCGCAUGCUCAUCAAUGAGGUACAGACACAUGUACUUAUUUUUUAAAAAGGAAAAUAUGGCAGUUUUGGUCAAUGGUGAUGAAUUGUGUGUAAAAAGGAAGAGUUAACAAUACUUAGCUGUCAGAUAAUAGAUUGAAAUGCUCCCUUGCUUACCCCUGCUGAUGGUACGGCAACAGUGACUUUGAAGGCAAGAAGCUUCUGUGAUGCCCAAUGAGCGUGGUCCUCCAUUUGUCUCCUGAGGGAGCGUCAUGUGUGGCCACUAGGGCUGUAGAGUCCUAGUUGACUGGUCGAGUUAUUGGUUGAUACAUGCUGAGUCGGCCAAAAUUAUGAUUGAUCGACUUGAUUUUUUUCUGCGUCAGUUUACAGUCUAUUGUAAAUUUCACCAGAAGGAACGCACCAAGUGCUAAUUGGGGUGUUUGCAGAGCACCCACAGGUAACAGCCUGUCUCAGAACACCCCCUUGUUUUCAACAUUUUGGAUUCACCCAACCUACUGGAGAGUGACUGGAGACAAGAAAGACUGAAGAGCAUCCACGUUAAUCAACGUCCGGUGGUUUGCUGAAUACAAUAUUUGUGUUUAAUUGCCUUCUUGUGCUGAUAUCAGUAUACUUUCACCCCGCCUAGCCGCACUCUGCCGAGCCCUGUCGAUUAGUCCAUUUCAGGGUUUUAGUCGACCAAGAAUUUCUUUGGUUGAUUGCAGCCCUAGUGGUCACUCACAUAAACAUAAAAUACUUGUUUUUCCUUUCUAUGCUACUGUAGAAAUAUGGUGAUUGGAUGGCACCAAUGUAGAUAUAAAAGACUCGCUCUAAGUUAAAAAAACAAAAAACAAAAGCAUUUUUAUGAUUAGGUCAUUGUACAGUAUUUAAACAUACUUGUGAAUACCAUAUUCCAAUGUUGCUGGAUGCCACUGAAUACCACCACACUGCGCCCAUCAUCGCAGAGAGAUUAAUGUGUUGAUAUUGAUAGCCUUAGUUUUUAAUCGAGUGUAUGUCAUGGAGUAAUAGUUCACUUUUUCAGCAAGAUAUUUUUUUAAAAGUGUACAGGCAUGGGAAGUUUUUCUUGAGUUAAUAUGUUUUUCUCAUUUGUGAUUUUGAUUGAAAGUUAGAUCAGUUAAUGAAUUUUCCCCUUUUAUUUAUUUAUUUUUUUUAAGUUUUCGGCCAAGUUAAAAGUCUAAAUUUGUUCUAAAAUAUUUCGACUAAAUUCUAAAUAUUUUUUCUUCAGCUCCUAAAUAAGUUAAUAAUACUAUGUGUUUUCCUUUUGUUUUGCCUGGUAUAACUAUUCUGUAGUAUUAUCACCUUCAGUAAGUGAGAAAAUAAGACGUCCUUGGGGUUUAAUCACAGCAGAUAUCCAUGUUUAAAAUGGAUCACUGUUUUCUUCAGACUUGCCUCAAACGGUGCCUAAAGUUUUAGCUCUACAACAACGACACAUAAUGUCUUAACGCUGAUAUUUGUAGUCAUAACUUCAUAUAUCUUCUCAUACUGUCUGACAAUUUAUUCCAGCGGCAAAGACUGAUCAACACCACUGAGACUCGAGUCAACCGCGUAACGAAUGGCGACUCUGACUCAGCAGCCAGGAGUCAGGCAAGGCGGAGCUUGGAGAAUGGGAUGGGUGCAGCUGAUCAGGGUCUGAACGGGCGUUGCAGACUUCAGCGGCUGGAGUCUGGGAACGAGACAGAGAAUGAAAAUGAGGAUAAUGAGAACAACGAGAAUGACGGGGAGGGGGAGAAAGACAAGGACAACGACGGCCCCUUAGUGCCCUUCAAAAUUCCAGGUGCAGCACGGAGUACAUUUAAUGUACAGCUAUAAUAGUGGUGCUUUCACUUUAGCUGAUGUUAAAUCUACUAUCCCUUUUAUUCCCUAUUAGCCGGAGCGUGUAACAAGCUGAAGUGGCUGUUCAUGUGGCCGUUGUCACUGCUUCUCUUCCUCACCGUGCCCAACUGUUCUAAGCGGCGCUGGGAGAAAUGGUUCAUGGUCUCUUUCUUCACUGCCACCAUCUGGAUCGCUGGUCUCUCCUACAUCAUGGUCUGGAUGGUCAGUACUGUCAGCAUCUCUCACAGCCAGUCAGCAGGGGGAGCUUUAAAUCUUUUGGCCUCCCAGUCAUUAAACACUAUUAGUGUCCACUGUAAUGGGAAGUUUUUGAUUGCAGUAGUCCCACAUUCAUGCAAAAAUGAAACACCUUAAAUGUUCUCUAUUGUGCAUAAACAAAAAAAAGUACAAAAACAUCAUCAAAUAUUAAACCAUGGAGAAAUUUUGGUCAUGCUGUUGGUGCUAAAAUAUCGCUUUAUCCUUGACUUUUGAACUAAAUUUAAAAUUCGUCAUCAUAUUUGGAGUUGCUAAGCACUGAUAUUUGUCUUCAUGUGCGAUUUAUUUAUUUAUUUUUUUGUAUUUUUCUGUGAAACAAACAACCUAAAGUGGAUAAACUGAACUUCAAAGUAGGCUUGGCAGGAUCUGAGGAAGUGCCAGUUUUGGGAAGAAAUCUUGUAUGUAAACACUACCCCUCCCAACCACUUUUCCCGUUUUUUUUGUGUUGGCAGUUGUGGCCAAAGGAGGAUUCAGACAAUUUUCCGUACUUUCUGGUUGGCUUUUACUGUCCUAUAUUGUAGCACGCUAACUUUGUUUGGGCUCAUGCACGUUAUUCGAGGACGUGGACACAAGGGAGCAGCAUCUGCCUCACAACCAAUCAGCACUAAGGAGCAAUGUCCGCCUUACAACCCAUCAGAUUUGGAGAAUGGCUUUGUUUACAGUCAGGAAGAGUGGGCUGAUCAAAAAAUUUAAAAUGUUGACUACACAGACAUAACAAAACACAGUGAUAUUGUUAUAUUCCCAAAUGUCAUCAAAAAUUAAUAGCUAUUGACUGAUAUUAAAAGCUUUUUUGAACAUACACCAAUAAAAACUGUACAGGUAUACUGAGACGGCCUCUGUUUGGUUUCAGGUGACUGUGAUCGGCUUCACUCUGGGGAUUCCUGACGUCAUCAUGGGCAUCACUUUCCUGGCAGCAGGAACCAGCGUCCCAGAUUGCAUGGCCAGUGUUAUUGUGGCCCGACAAGGUACACAAACAAACACACACACAAACAAACAAGUGAACGCUGAACUCAAGCAAGGCACGGGAAGUAGAAAUCAAUAUUUGUGCUGAAUGAAGCAAAGCAGAAAAGCAUGAAAGAGAAGGAGUAGUGCUCUAACCUGCGGUGUAGCUUGUCAUAAUUGACUUGUCUCCUGACUGUGUACAGACCUUGACAGUGUUGCUCUCCCUGCCUUAGGUUUGGGAGACAUGGCCAUCUCCAACUCCAUAGGCAGUAAUGUGUUUGACAUCCUGGUGGGCCUGGGUCUGCCCUGGGCCUUGCAAACUCUCUGCAUCGACUAUGGCUCCAACGUGAGUGCUGCUCCGCUCAGCCAGAGGAGCUAUAAGCUGUGAGCAUGAAGGACAGGGAGAGUAGUCGGGAAUAACCAGAGGAGAACGGGGAGAGGGUUUCAGCUUUUACACAAAUACAACCACACACUAUCUGUUGGAUCGCUGCACAAUUUAUCACCUCACACUGUGGAGACUGUAUGUGAUAAAUGGUCUGUUAGCUACUUUCACACCUGACAAGGAAACAUAGAAUAGGUGUCAUCAGAAUGAGACUUUGGUCAAGUAUACAGGAUGAUAUAUCUGUCCGUUUAAGCUCACUCUGUCUUCUUUUGUGUCUCACAAAAAUCCAACUAUUAAAGCCUUUUAGCAGCCAGUGAGUAAAUCUUUGUGUUUGUCUCCUCAGGUCCAUCUUAACAGCAAAGGACUCAUAUUCUCUGUUGGGCUCCUGCUCGCUUCAGUAUUCUUUACAGUAAGUACCACACCACACUCUUAAAACUCACCAAACUGAGUGGACAAAUAAAACUUCAAUGUUCCUUAUUUCAUAACUCUUUUGUCUUUCUUUCACAAAGCUGAUUUUUGUAGUUUAAUUCAGCUGCAGCUGAAGGCGUGGGGUUAUUUUUGUUGGUGUAACAAAGCCUUCAGGAGAGAUGUUCAAAUGUGGCACAGGCAUUCACUGAGGCUACAGCAUGAAUGGAUUUUAGUGAUCAAAGGUCAAGCUCAUCUUAAAGGAAGAAUUUGCUUCUUUUAAAUUUAUUAUAAUCUUUUUUAAUAAGUGAGGUUGUAAAAGUCCUCGAGACCCCCCUGUCCUGCAUGUUUUGGAUGUGUCCCUGCUCCAACACACCUGAUUCAAAUGAUUAGCUCGUUACUAAGCCAUUACAGAGCUUGAUAACGAGCUGAUCAUUUGAAUCAGGUGUGUUGGAGCAGGGAAACAUCCAAAACAUGCAGGACAGUGGGCCUCGAGGACUGGACUUGAGAACCACUGUUGUAAACAAUAAGCGUGUGAACAGAGAACCAGCACAAGCACAGCACAUAUCACAUAAUUAAGCUGAUUUAAAGACAGUCUGGCUCAAACGCCAAUCUAUAUGCACCAUAUACACACUAAACACUGCAGAACCACUUCUGACACUAUGAUCUUUGUGCAAAAAGCUUCAUGCACAACAUACAGUAUAUGUUUUUUUUUUCUCAGUGCCAUAAUAUCUCAUGUACAGUUUUUGCACAGUGCAGUAAUACUUUUGUGCAUCUUCAAUUUAUUAAAGCUGCAAGAUAAACAUGAAAAUGGUCCAAAUGUCUUCCUUUGGCUGUUCUCAUGUUAAAUACAACCUUAAGUACUAAUUUACUUUAGAUUAUUUGUUAUGUAAAUGGAUUUGGUCCAAUCUGAUCAUUUUUGAUGUUUCAGCUUUUCAGGUUUUAGUUUGAACCUUGUAAGAGAAAACUGGCACUUGAAGUUAAAAACUUAAAACCUCAAAGGCAUGUUGAAUUUGUCUUGCAUGACAUAGCAGUAAAUGAGGUAAAAAAGUUCAGUUUUACUUAAAAUAAUGAGAGACAAUUUUCCCCAUAAUAGCUCAACAUACUGGCUCCGCACAAGCAGGUCAAAGAAACAUUGUUUGGAAGAAUUAUAAACCUAUUUUGAAUCGAUUUUAGAACUAGAGAUCAUUUUCAGGGAUGCAGCACAUACUGAAAAACGUGUGUCAAUAGUAGCUGUGAUACAGACAUAACUGCAGAUCUUUGUUUUAAUUAUGUCCCAAAGUAAAAGCCCAUCUUUAUCCCAGAGAGGUCCAAUCUUCCCUGUACCAUUCCCCACACUCACUGACUCACAGACCCUACUGAGUGAUGCUCAGAUACAGACUUCAUCUGUAAACUGUCCUUUGGGACUCACACAGCAUUGAUCGUAAACUCUGUGAUGUGUAAAAGAGAUUAUUUUCCAGCAAUGCACAAUAUGUUCAAGUUUGAGGAUGUGAGUUAUAGUUGACGGCCAAGGUUUAACCUCCUCUUCACCCCUCCCUCCUUCCUGCAGGUUCUGGGUGUUCAUUUCAACAAAUGGACUCUGGACUGGAAGCUGGGCUUAGUCUGCCUCGUCAUGUACGCCGUAUUUCUUUGCUUCUCCAUCCUCAUUGAAUUCAACGUCUUCAUCUUCGUCAACCUCCCUAUGUGCAGAGACAUCCACUGA